AUGGCUACUCCCGCGCACCCGGAGACCAGGAGGUUUACGCGGGGCCUGGGGAAACCUGGCACGGCGGCUGAGCUCAGGCAAAGCGUCUCUGAGGUGGUGAGGACAUCCGUGCUGAUUGUAAGUACACACCUAGACACCCCCUGCCCCCUUCUUCUGCUCCUUCUGCUCUUACGCCAACUCUUUCUCCUUAACACCGUCUCUGUCAGUGCUGUUCAAUCACUUUAGGACUUGUGGGGAGUGAACACUUUACGCACAUCUUUUUCUCACUCAUAGAAGUGAGCAAAAGAGUAAAUAAAAGUGAAUGAAUGGAAGUGUGUGUCUGUGGUGAGGAAAUAGAUAAGGGAAAGGCUGAAAAUAGCCUAGCCUAUUGUUAUAAAUCUUAAUUCCUCCCAAUCCAUAUACAGAAUAUCUAUUUUGUAGCCUGCUUUUUUCACAUUUACCUGUUUGUGUCAGCUGUGUAGCAACACGUGGGCUUUUUGGCUGAAAACAACACGUGAUAUUUUGGAUUGAGUGGCCCUGACCUCUUAAUAUAAGGAGUAAAGGGGCGGGGAGAGUGAUUUGAGUGAAUGAAUGAGGUGGUGUAUGUCUGACAGAAAGAUUAAGAGGGAAUGAAGAGAUUUAAUACAAAUUUAGAUGGACUUUUGGUUGUAAUAUCCCCCUCUUAGAUGUAAAUUACCUUCAACUUUCAUUCAAAAUACCACAUCAUGCCUGAAAAACUUCACUUUCAUUUUCUCUAAGUGUUUUACUUCCUGCUGAGAAUCAGUGCCUGCUCAAAGUGUUUUGUACUGUGUCAAUGAGGGCAUCACUUUGCACUCAGAUGACAUAAUACCUGCUCAGAAGGGAAAGCAUGUGGCUUCAGUUUCAUGCUUCAGACACACAGUCAGUGUCCAGUGACACUGACAAAAUGCUGAAAUGGACCAUCCACUCAAAAUAACAUCUGUGCAUCGGGGUCCUCUGUAUCAGCUUUCCUCAGAGCUCAGGAGGAAAAAGAAGUCGGCCUCUUUCGUUUUGUGUCCGUCUGAUUGUUCCAGCUUUCCUGGAAGAAGUUGCUAGGUAACCGAAACGGACACCGUCCAGGCUUUCUGUCAGGGAAAUGGAAUCCUGAGUCAGGAUCCCAGACAUCCAACCACACCUUCAUAUUAUUUAUUCAUCUUCACUCUGGUGCUCUGCCAGAGACGCCUGAGGGAGGAGAGCAGAAAUGGAUACAAGAAUGCACGUUGGGAAAUCGACAAGUUUGAGGAGGACUGAAAUGACUUGAAGAAAUUCUGAGAAUGGCUUGUUGUGCUUUUGUGUCAUCCAGCUGUUCAUCUGCAGACAGGCCUUUGGGCGAAAAUGGGCAGAACUGCUGAACUCAGAAAGUUUUGAAUGAAGAGUUCAGAGCAGGAAAGUUUUACAGACAAUGGCACGUUUGUAAAAAUGGGAAAAUGUUCAAAAGCUUCGGUUUGGUUAAAAGUAAUCUGUAUUUUACUAAUAAUCACAAUAUUUAUGUUGAAAUGGAUUCCAAACAAACAGCAUAAUUGAAGAGAAAAAUGAAAACAGUGGUUUGUAACUUCCCAUAUGUUUGAAGGAUUGCUGUGUGAGAAAGCCGGCCCUGUUCAUCCAAAUAUAAAAGUCUGUUUUCUAAAAAGAAGACACCCAGACUGACCUCAGGUCAAUUCGGCUCUCUUUUGUUUACACUUGCAUCUUUUUGUGGUUGUUUUGUGAUAUUUAGAGGUUGUUUUAUACCUGUCUGUUCAAAUUGAAUCUGUGGGUGGUCAUUGUGUGUCCUUUUAUUCUAAUGUUCAGUCAGUCCAGGAUGUUUUAGGGUUUUUAUGACUGUUUGGGAUCAUUUAGCAUCACAAGUCCGCUGUUUUGUCUGUUUUGGUUGUUUUGCUGUGAUUUGUGAGUGUUAGGAUCUGUCUGUUGAGCUUUGGAGAAAUAUUAUGCUCAUUGGUGGUUGCUGUUGUCUUUUUUGGAGUCAUUAGCUGAUCCAUAAUAGCUUUUACAAACAUUUGCAAAGUUCUGCUCCAGAGAUUAUAAAUUUUGACCUGGUCGCCCCUUUUACCAAUAUUUUCAUCUUAAAUUUCUAACUUCUUAAAUUUUCUUGAAUUUUCUUUUUUCUUCCACAACCUGGUGUCACCUCUGGGUAUGAGAGCUGCAGAAGUGAAUGUAUGCGACACUGAGUCCACGUGCUUGCUGAAGCGUCUCAGUGGGACAAGAAUGCGAGUGCACACAAGACGGCUGUCUCUGCAGCUCAUAAUUAAUUCCUCCAUGAAACAUGUAAAUACCACAGCAGGAAUACAGGGAUCUGUUCCACAGACAUAAAGAGGGAAUUGUGGCGGUUGUCACUCAUCAUGAGUGUUGUUUCAGCUUUAGAAACAAUUGUUUCUGCCCUUCUGAAUGUCCUGAAACUCUGACUUUAGUUUGUGAGUUACUUAUUAGUGCAUACAGACACACAGUAACUCCUUGGUUCUGUUUUGGAGACGGUCGCUCCGUGCUGCUCUCUUCCUCUUCGUGCAGUUUGUGCAUUUUGGUGAAGGCACACUCCGGCCUGAGUCUCUUUGUUUAUUGUUGGAAUGGAGUGCACAGAGGUUUGUAAUAGGCCAGGCCCUCAGCUGAGUUAUCCAUCUGUUUCCACACACUUUAAGCAUGCUGGGAACACUAUUGGCUCCACGAUGGCUGUCAUCAGCUCUGAAUUUGUGGAGCUGCUGAGACACAAGGAAAACAAUGACUUUCAAACUUUAUUCUGUACAUAGUUAGACAAGAAAUGAGUGAGUUUUGUAGAUUUUUGCAAUGUUUACAACCUGCCUGCAGUUGUCGUUGACAGCGUGUUGAUGUAAAUGUAUCAGCUGAUGGCAAUAAAACAAAUCAAUGGUUGUUGGAAAUGUUUAGUUACUGUAUACGGUGUAUGCAGCAGCUGGAGGGCAGUUGUGUAAUUGUGAUCAAUAGUCCUAACUGCCUGCCACCUAAUGGUGAUAUAUCGAGAUCCUCAGUGUUCCUGCUACAUGACUGACCCCGGAGAGCUGUAUACCAGAUGGGUGUCAUUAUGUAGGAGUGAUGCCGUUAACCGCCCAGGGCCUGUGCACACAGCAGACUCCGAGGGGGAAAGUGAAGGUUUCAUGUGAGCUGCAAAAGGAAACACAUUAAAAUAUCGACAACAUGCGUAACUACAAACAGAGCAUGUGAGCACAUGUUGCUGCUUGGCCUUGUUUUAGGGAUUACACAUUGUUGGGAGAGUACCAUUUAGAAGCUUAAUUGCUGCUCUGUGCCUCUUGGGGGUCUUUGUGCUUGUUUAAGUAGAUCAUUGAGAUGAUGUUUAAAGCAUUUGGCAGAGAUGGAUGGCAUUUUGUCUUCUGCUUUUGCCAAAUUAGACUCAUUUUCAACAUCUUGAGGCAUUGACAAGUAUUGCUCAUUCAUCCACCUGUGUAACCUCUGACAGGCUCUGUUGGAGAGUUCAAUAUACACCUGCAUGUUCAGUAAUCAAACCCAGCUGCAAUGCAUAAAGGAUAAGGCUCCACAUUUGGUGCGGUUGCUGCACACACGUUGUUGUAACAUGAUAAAAUAUAAAAAUCCUGCUUCUGUCAUUCCUGGAUCUAAUCAGCCUCAUGUGUACACCUUUGUGUUUUUGUUAGCUUUCCCAACAUGAGCUGGGAAUAACUCAGGUGGGUGUGGGCUCUUUGCAUUUUUCAGCAAUAGUGUCAGAGAUUUUUUUUUCUUCAAAUUUAGCUGUGACAGAACUUGUUCCUUCUUUGUUAUUUUGCACUCUGAAAGCCAAGUUUUAUAAUGUGGGGAAGUCCCGUUUGUUCAGCUGUAUUCGAAUAUGCACAACACUCCUGAAACUUUCAGGGGUGAGAUGCAUAUGUGAAGGCAAACAGCCCACAUUUUCACCCCGAAUGCACCCUGAAUUUUCCUGUCAUCUCACAGUCUACCAAGUAUAGAACUCCAGAUUCAGCGAGUAAAACUGAGGUUAGUUUUGAUAAAGAUCAGUCAAUCGAUCUGCAAAAGAAUCAAGAAACUUCCCUGCUGCAUGUUGUGUUUGUGUUGCAGACACUGUUUGCUGCCUGUCACAAGAUUACCGGCUUGUCAGUGUUGUGUGAGGCCUGAGCUGCUUGACCUCUGUGUGCCUGUCUGUCUGUCUGUUUCGCAGUAUCAGACCUGAUGGGAUCAGUCUAAAAGCAUUCAUGCACUGCCUUUGCAGCUGAGAUGGUAAAAGGUACUUUACAAGAACAAACCCAGGGGGGUGGAGAUGGAGAGCAGAUGAGUUCUCUGAAUGGGUCAAUAAUACAUGAGGGUGCUCUAGUAACCAAUACACCCAUUAGGAGACACUCGCACUCUCUCCUGAACUGAGGGCUAGACAAACCAAAAACUUAUCUACAGUUUGGUCCAAAGUUACACAACUGUCCCCUUAAAGUAUCUGUAAUAUGUAUAAACUAUGAACCACUGCAUUUUUUCCAUAGUUAUGAUGUAACAGCUAACAGUCCUCAUGGAGAUUUACAAACUUGGCUCUUUGUGCCUGAAAUUAUUUUUCCUCAAUAGUGAGUUGGGUCCACUCAGCCGGCAGUUUAUUAGACACACCCAGUCAAAUAUAAAAGCCCCUUCCUGUGGAAAAUCCUACGAUUACGGGUGUUAGUAUGUGCAGUUACUGUUGAAACAGUUUAAAACGGGACUGACUGAGCUCAUGAUCAAUUUGAAGAUAAUAGUUAGUAGACUACAAUAUCUAAAGACGUAAAAACAGCUGACUGGUGGAUGGGGUCACUUCAGGUCAAGCUCUAUGUAUAACUCUACAUCCACAAUAAAGAAACAAAUCCAAGGUGUACUGCUUUAUCACCUGUCAAAUGAUAUACAUUAUAUAAUUUUUUUUUUUUUCUCUCUCUCCUUUUUCCUUUUAUUGUAUAAUUUAAUUUUUAAGCUCCCUUCCCCCAGCAUUGAAAGUGAAACCAGUGUGGUGCCAAAAAAACUGCAGAUUCUUAAGAAUCCACUUAGGGCUGGCCGUUUUUACUGCCAAGGAGACCCCAUUAGAAACCACACAAAAUGUCAAUUUCUAAAGCAGCAUUUGGGUAUGUGUCCAUUAAUGACAUAUUUGGUGCUGGCAGUGUCUAUUUCCUGUACAAAACCAAAGCAGUCCAGCAUCUUCAGCACUCAGCAUCCCUUAGCGUCUGUUGUUUAUGUUGCAGUGGUCUCAGUUGAAAAUAGUUUAACUUUUGGGACACCACUGUGCUGGUUAGUGUCAUUUGUCCAUCAUUGGCCAAUCAAAAAAAAAGAAGAAGCAGGACUUCAUACAUCAGAACCGUCAUCAACAAUGACAGGGGUCUAUAAUUUUGCAUGGUCUUUGCAAAAUUGUCCUUGAAUAAGAGCAAAUAUGAAGCAUACAGAGUGUUUAAAAAGCCUUCACAGUCACUACCAAAGAAAGCAUUAGUGCCACUGGACAACUUUCAUAUUAUCAAUAAGCAUAGAUGUUCUGUCAUUCAGGUCAUUGGUAUUGUCUGCUGAAUGAAUGCUGUUGGUGGACAGUCCCUUGAACAUGUUUACAAAACCUCCUUUGGUUGCAUCGAUCCAUCUUUCUAUAUAAGAGCAGGAGCCCCCUUCUUUCACAGGUAAACACCCUCAGCUUAGAUCCUCCUAGUCAUGUGGAUCCAGAUUAUUGUGCUCAGCAAGAACCAGCUAUUUUAGUUCCCGUAUAGUUCUUCAUAGUAUCCGUCACAUAAAAAAGCUGACUGGAGCUCACUCCACUAGAUGCCCUCCAGUUUGGAGUGGAUGUUGUCACAGUACUGUGUGGAUUUAUUAUAUGCCGGUUAUAAAUGAUUAACUGUUCAACAAAGGUGCACCUUGAUGGCCAGAUGUGAGGCAGAUUUGAAUGACCAGAUGGGUGCAUUGUCUGACUUCUCAGACAGUAAGGCUGUAGUCCCAGAUUCAUGUCUUUGCUGGUUUCUAAACUUGAAGUUAGUCAGGGUUAGAUAUUCAACCAUCUUUAGGCCUCAAAACUCCUCUGUAGAAAUCAGUGGUGUUGUCUCCAAGACCUCCCUCAUUUGUUACCCGAAAGCAGCAGUUGAUGGCUCGUAAAUAGAGGAAAAAGUGAAAAAUGAGGCAUACCCGUGGAACAUGCCAUAAAAUGUGUCUGCUUUAGUCCUGGCAUGACUUUUGGCAGUUGCGGUUACACUAAAAACCAGAUUUGCCACUUGAGGAUCUUGAAGUCAGAGUGGGAAGCAUGAGGGAAUUACUCAACCGAGCACACAAAGGUUGAAAUAAUAUAGAGCACUUCACAAACUGAAAGGAUUUCCUCCAUUCAGCCCUGACCAACUCUGGUUGAAUCACACCACUUAAUACUACAGUAGCAAAGCCAAGUCAAAUGAUCCGAUGGCCAGACAGGCCGUUUUCCAUCUGCGCCAAAUGAAAACUGAUUUAAUAUCAUGGACACGAGUUGAACUCUGCCUGUUAAUCUCUUUGGGACAAGCUGCUAUAGUCUGUGUUUUUUAUAUGACAAAGCCUUCAUUGUGUCGGAGCAUAUUUAGCCACAUGUCUAAAUGAGUGUCAUAUAUAAAUGUUGAGCCAAGAUAGAAUCUCAGGAAUUGGUUUGUGGUCACAUUGCUGGAUUAUUCAACUUUUUCUUUGCAGAGUGAGAAUUGAGGAAGUAUUAAAUGGCCUUUUCACUCUAAAAUUCAGUGAGCUGUGUAAUCUGUAAUCCAUUGAUUUUUGGUUCAGCGUUUGCCCCCUGGGAUCCGUGUCUAUGUAAUGGCUCUGUGCUUGUUAUGUAAUUUUAUUUUGGCAUUUCCAUGACACACAUGCAGCUCUAGUUAGGUUGUUGGGUUAUAUUUUCUUUUCUAAAACUUGUUGCUACCAUGAGCUGAGACUCCCAAAGCUUUCCAUCCUGCCUGCCCGAACAGGAAGUGCCCACUUCUUCCUGUCCUUCAUCUUGUUGUGGGAGAGCAGAGGCCUGUCUUUUCCUAGAUAGAGCCGGUUUCCUGUGGCUGCAUUUGGGCUGACCAGAAGUUUAAGGCAGGGCUUGCCGUGAAUCCGCCCACUCUGUCUGAGCGUUCUGCCUGAUAGAGCAGAGUUGUUUUCAUACACAGGAGGGGUUACCAUAACAGAGAGGCAGCUGAUGAAGAGCCUGGCCUGUGUAUGUUUUCCUGUUAGCAAGUACAAGGCACUCUGGGAUUUAUUUAAGAUCGCCUCUUCAGAACAUACAGUCUCCUAAUGAAUUAUGACUCCAGCUUUCACAGCUCAUAAGGCAGUCGUUUUUCCUUUAUGAAUAUUUUUCCUGGCACUUACCGAAGUGAAUUAGACUUCUGAGAUUAAAGUUUGUUAAGUUUCUCUCACGAAUCCAGCAGAAGAGUGAUGUGAACUGAGAGAGUGAGUCGCUUUAAACUCUGUCAGUCCAACUCUCUCCCUUCGAUAUUUACAGCACAUCAAAACAACUCAAACUUCUAACAGUAGACACAUACAUCAGCCCAGUGGAGCCUGACUGUAGCAUAUUAUCAUCAACAGCUUUGCAAUCAAGCAGAGUUGAGCUUUGCCAUCUUCCUCAAAGGCCAUUAAGGUUGCUAUUUCAGAGUCAGCAGGACACACACUUAGGUGCAGAUGUGAAGGACAAACUGACUCACGAUCAGCUUGCCUUUCGUUUCCCUCUGUUAGUAUUAUGUGGUUAAUCCAGUUUGCCCUCCUCUGCAAACUGAUAUCGACUCAGGCAUCAGUCAGUGAUCUGAUAGAGACGGAGAUUGGAAUCAAUUGGACAGGGUUUGCAGAUUAUGUGACACUAAAGACUGCAAAAUCAUAUGUUGAGUCUCCUUAUUGAAGGUGUUUCAAUGUCAUUUUACCUAUAGUUUCAUAUACUGCUUUCUUUUGUCGACAUAAUACUGAAGGUUUAUUGACACUGGGCGCCCAAUACAUGCCAGCAAGCAAAUGAGGGAAGCAGGGCACCUAUUUCUUUCCUUUUAAAGCACAAACUGUUACAGUACCAACUAAAUACUCAAUCGCAUUUUUUUACAGAUCUCUCUUUGAAAGUCCCUCUGAGGACAUGGAUGCUUAUGAUCAUGUCUAUGUUUUGUCCAGAGUCUAAACAAGAGGUGCUCCCAGAUAUGUGCUUAGCUAAUGUUAGCCGUAGCACAGCAUGAUCAGGUGUCAGUUGGGGGUGCAACUGUAUGUCGGUAUGCACCAGCCUUGUCUGUCUGGGAAAUCACUCUACCUGUCUUGUAGAAAGUUUUCUACUUUCUGGAGACCUGGUGCACGGCUGCAGCCAAUGGGCUCCCAUUGAAACAUGCUUUGAAUUUAAGAUAUCAUCCUGAUAGUUUAGCAUAAUAUGAUAUUGUUUAUGUCUACCUGAGAGAGUCGAUCCAGUACGGUCUUGAGACUCACUCGAUACAUGAUUAGCCUACUUGUUGAAUAAUUUUCUGCCUUGUUUAAGACGUGUACAAAGAGGCUCAGUGCAUUUAGGGUCAAGGUUCAGUUUAGUUGAACUUUUGGCCACUUAAUUUGGCGGAAAACCAGAGCAACAUGCACCGCUAAGAUUUGUACACUUGCCCAAUUGGAAAUAAAUCAAAUGUGCUUUAUGCAAUGCUGCCUGUCAACCUUCUGUGUAUAGAUCCAGGAGGACUUUUUUACUCUGCUUUAGCUGUCAAAUGCACAUCUUUACAUUCUGCUGCUUGCAUGCACAUUUUGUGUUUUAAAAGUAGACCUACAUCUCUAGGUCAUGGGAGUACAAGCCUCUACUAAGCUGCUACAUAUGAAUGGCCCUAACAAACAGGUCUCCACAUUGCCGGGCCCACUCAUGAACAAGUGACUGAGAGAAAAAUAUCAAGAGUAGGUGGACACUGGUCUCUCUACCACAUUGAUACAUAAGCUUCGCAGGAGACCAGUCAGAAUAAAAGCCACCGGGUGAAACUGGUCAAGCAAAAUCAUUGCUGUGCACACGUGAACCGGCCUACAGAUUAAGCUCAUCGGAUUAAGACCUGAAAGGCACCACAACACUCCUGAGUGGAGAGUGAACAACACAUCCAUGCUGUCUGGUGGGAGAAAUGUCUAGAAGAGCAGUCUAAUGACAAACAUGUUCAUUUUUUAUGUCCUGUGUGUGCGUAUAGGUGUAUUUUCUCUCUGAACCUCCUGAAUUUGUCCAUCAAAGACCCAUUUUCCUCGCUGCUUCUGCUGCUGCUGCUGCUGCUGCUGCUGCUUAGCAUUAACCUGUAAUUGUGGUUACGUUUUAAAAAAGAGAUUUAAGGGACAGCUGUAUACUGACACUCUGGACCUUGUCAUUAUUUUUCUUUCUACUCAGUAUGUGGUGCUUUUGAUUCCCUGCCACAGAAAGGGUUUGCCUCUUCCCCUAAGUGGAGGUUUACUCUUUAACGCUGAUGAGUUUGAGGUUGGACUCAUUGUGAGAGAUGUUUAACUUUAACAAUCUUGGGUAAACAAGCUCUAAUUUUAUUCAUGCUAGCAAUUAUUUGAUCCAGCUGAAGUAUCUGUUAAACUUCACCUCUUUGAAUUUCAUAUCCACGUUCACAGACCAAAAUAGAUUAGGGUUGAAGGCAAAGGUAGACUAGCAACUCCCACGUUCUGCAGUUUAAAACUAAUAUUCCUGCCGUUAAGGUCUGGUGGCUUAAAGGAGACUAAUGUCCGGCCAACUCAUAUUCAUUUUCCCUGCCACAUGGAUCCUAACCUGGAGCUUUUCAUGUUGUUCAUCACUCCACUGGACCAUUAAGAGUUGAUAAAGUAGCAUUUGCUCAAUAUGCUAGCAUAACAUUUUCAUUUGAGACCUCUUCUUCCACUUCAUGCUAAAGAAAAGCUAACACCUACUGAGCGUGUUAGCAUGUUUUUAUUACUAUCAGCUCACAUCAUCUUUGUGCCUGAGUUUAAUCUCUCUGAGCUUUGAGCACGGCUGGAGUUUCUUGUUAAAUUCUGAAUACUUUGAAUGCCUGGAGGUGUGUGAAUUCUGCUUUCAGAGUUUUUACCCAGUUCUCAACAUAUGAAUACGACCUUUUUUGUUUUUUGGACCUGUGAUUUGUUAUUUUUAUGUUAGUGUUUAUGAGUUACCGAUAACCUAUAGGAUUAAGUGUCAAACACACAGCCCACUCUCUUUAGGUUAAUCUGCUUUGAACACCGUACCUUUCCCCUCGAGUGCUCCGGCUUUGCCCGGUUGCGGUCACUGACCUCCCAUUCACAUCCCCUAUGCAGCACAAGGCAGGAUCAGUGCUCGUCGGAUGUGGUUUUACACAGAGGGAUAGAUUAGCAUACAAUUAGCUUACACAAAACGUUGCUUCCCGUUGUUAGACUUGGGGCUAAAACCUCAUGUUUAAAAUUUAAUUUGUUUUCCAUCAUAGUGGAAACUACUUAGGAAUAUUAAUUUGUUCUGUGAUGAGGAAGGCGGGCUGCUGUGAAGAGUUUAGGAAAGUACUUAAAAUUCCUGCUUUGUGCUGCAUAGAUGAAAGUGAAAGUUAGCACUGAUGCUGUUAUCAUCCACUUGGGAUUUCCCUGAAAGUUUAGGGCUCUUAUUUGAACCGACUCAGGCAGCGGUGGGUAAAUGCAUCAUUAUGUAGGUAAACAGAGAAGAGUUAGAGACUCCUCAGUGUGAAGUUUCUCCUUUUUUCCCACAGUGCAUGCUGUUAGCCUAAUUAAACAGUCUACAGUCUCUGCAGUUCUCAUCGCUCACUCUUGUGGCUUUGUGCAGAGUGCAGUGUGUGGAUGGGACCUGCCACAGCCAGAGGGGAUAAACUCUAAUGACUUUUCACCAGGCCGGCUGCAUAGUUGACAUUCUUCACUCUGACACACUGUAGGCCGGGGAGGGGAUAAGGGGGAGGGGCUGGACCUACAGGAGGCGGGCUGUGAGCUGGAUGGUUUACAACUUACCUUUGGAUAUUUAUGUAGACCUGGUUUGUUUGAAGAAAGAUGAGACUCCCUUGUUUCACAUUGACUAGAGCCCUCAUGGUGAGAAAUAAUUAUAAGACUGAACUUACUCUUAAUUAGUGUUUGGCGUUAUGAACAAAAUCUUUUAUCACGGUAUGAGUUAUUUCAUAUCACAGUAAUGGUAUAUAUCACAGUAUGUUAUUACCCCUGUAAAUUCAAUAAAUGGCUUAAAAAUAACCAUACUGUCGCAUUUGUUCAUUUUCCUUUUGUUUUUUAACUUUGGUGUAUACAAAUGCAAACAAAAUGACAAACCAGUCUGGCGUUUUUUAUCACCUUUGGCGAAAGACUCUGCCAAGCUCUUUUUGUAUAAGAGGAGCUGCUGCAGUUUUAGUUUUUUGUGCAGCAGAUGCCCCACGCAUCUUUUGGCUUUCAUAAUAGAGCUUGGCUAGUUCAUCUUUAGGUGGUGAAAGAGGUUGCUGGUGUUUCCUCCUCCAGCAACGACAGCCACACGACACUCUUUGCAUGAAUCUCGAGACAACUGAUGUUGCGACUCGCACCCUUUUUCCGGAAUGAGAUCCUCCUUCUCAUCCUCAUGUUGGGUGGGUUGGGCUGCCUCUGUUUGCUCGGUACUGCCACUAAUCUCCAUGUUUCUUCCAGCUGUUUCUUCUUCAUUGAAACUAUGCCAAGCAGUUUGCUGGACACGCUGGUGAUUAUAGGGAGCGCACCCAAACCUGACCAAUCAAACGGAUUGGUGAAUAUAUGAAAACGCACCCAAAUGGAUGCGCUCGGCUUUCCUGUUAGCUAGCGUAGACAACUACACACUGACUCAGAGAGAAGCAGCAGACAUCUGCUCUCAUUCGCUUCGGUACAAAUGGUACAGCAAAAUUUCUACCGGUAGACACUUUUACAGUCACACUCAUACAGUCAUACCUCCCAACACUACUCUUGAUUAUGCAAUAGAAUUACCUACAUCAGCUUUGAUUGAUUGACAUAAAGUGGACUUAAGUAAUGUGCUGAAGCUCUUAAGUCGAACUGUACCACUGUACGUACUGCAGUACUUCACAACACAGGGCCUUGAUAGGAAAAAACUGAGAGGCAGCUGGUUGUGAAAGGAGUCCCGAUGAGUUGCUGGAUUUUCCCAUUCAAGAAAAAUUUACAUGAAACACUGAGCUCCUAUUUUUUUUUUUCUUGAAAGCUGAAACAGCUCCAUUGUGCGCUCCCAGCCCACAAAAAACAAAUGAGAUCUGCUCUAAGUCACAAAUUCACUGUGAUUCAGGGCCUUUGUUUAUAAAAUAUUCCUGCGUCUGCUGUUUUAACAGCUGAAAGCCAGAAAAAAAUGAAAGGGAGGGAAACAGUACAUCAGCUAAAAGACAUAAAUGAAAGUCUUUCUCUGUGGGAAAUAAUGUGACCGUGUUAAUCUGUGUUUGGUUUUUCUGUCAAAGCCGGUGCAAACAGUAGACGCAGAGCUCUCCUGGAGGGUUUGUUGUUGUUUGCUCUCUGAUUGUUUAAAAGGACUUAGCUGUAGGAUGGUCUGAUUGUGCGCUCCAGCCAUAGCCUGGAUGUAUAAAUAAAGCUAGCUGUGUUGUGUUUAUGGAGGAGCAGCAGAGUGGAUGUGUGCCUGAAGGUCUGUGAAUCUCAAAAGAUCCUAGACUGUGGAUUGGGAAUCUUUAGAUAUUGUGCUGUGGGUUACAGAGACACUAUGAUUGUUGUUGGACGUUAUAUAUUGCACAAGCAACACCACCUCCCCUGUUCUUCAACGUGCACACCGCUGUGCAGAUAAACAGCUCAGUAUCCCUGACUUGACUUAAUCCCCUUUUCAUGUCUCCACUCUUAAACGUCUAACACCAUCCCCCACUCACGUAGCUCACUUUCAGAUUCAUUACACUCACUAGUGUUUCUUCACAAAUAUAGCAGAACUGUUUGUGCUUCAUAAAAGUGUUUUUCCAGGAACAUCCACUCCCAAAUAUUUUAUUCUCUGUCUUUCACGUCACAAACGAAAGCCUCGGAUUGUUUGUUUCAUGGCUGGUGUUUUCUCAAGAAACUGACGCAAGACUCCAAAAAUGUCAAAUCCAUCUUUGUUGCUAUGGUAGCAGUACAGCUCAAAUCAGUAUUAACCUGAUCCUUCAGGCAGGUUAAAAAAAUCCAGAAACAGAGACGUAGGCAGCUGCAGAUAAUUUAAUUUUUCUUUCUUUGUCAUGACAGAGUCCUGGUGGAUUUUGCGCGCUGCUCCACACUGAAAAUCAUCGGCUUCUUGAACAGACAAACAAUGUAGUUCAAUAUUGACUGUCCCAGUAAAGCUGCUCUAAAAUCGGGAUGUAUCCCACAACAUGUGUUUCCUCUGUCAGGAAAGGAGGGCGUUUUAGAGAGGAGGGUGCUGGGCACAGCUUGGUGCCAACUAACUGGAAAGAGUUUCGCAACAUGUUCAAAGUUAAUCACAUGUGUGAGGCUGUUAUAAAAGCAGAUAUAUUUAAGAUGUUUGGAAGUUCAUAGAUGAAAUGGGCUGUCUUUUUCAGUUGGUCAAUCAUCUUCUGAGAGUGUUUAUUACACAAGACAAAUAAUUACAGACUUGCAGACGAGUUUUCUUCCCCUUUAAAUGAAUAUCAUGUUGAGGAGAGGAGUUUAAUACAUCCUUUUCUGCACAUAAACAUUAAACAUGUGCACCAGUAAGUAUUCCAGGAACAUAUUAAAUGCUUCACUGCAAAGCUAAGGCUUUAAACUGUAAUAAAUCCUGCCUUACAGACAGAAAUAGGGAAAGAAAAGAUUUCACAGGCUACAAUACUGCCAGUUUUGGACUAUGCAGACACUCAGCAGCUUCAGUCAUGGGGUCACAAGGUACCGUAUAUCACAGCGCUCUUCUCUUUAUCACAGGGCACAGAUUUCAAACUCACCAUUGUGACCCCCAUCCCUCAUUAGAGAAGGUACUGUUGGCUCAACAAAGACAGAAACCUGAUAGUCUGUCUGAAGAAUAUCUGCUUUCUUGUAACAAUUCAAGCUCAAUAAAACUGAGGAGGUCUUUGAUGACAGCUCAGCGGCCCUCUCUGGUAUCAUAUGAUGAUUUUGAAUUGUGGUAUUUUGUAAAUGCUUUUUUUGCACAUUAUUGAUGAAACAAGUCGUAUUAGUUAAGGCUUUUUGGUUUUGGCCCUUUUAUUUGAAUACAUAUGAUCCAAAAACAUGUUUUAACCCAUUUAAUCUCAUUGAUAGCAGUUUCUGUUAUCAAUGUUAUCAAUAUCUGUUUUUCCCAUGCUCACUUGUCCAUUAACAAGUGGUAUACAAGUGUAUAAGGUUGGGCACUUCUUGUGGCUGGUAGUUUAUUUAUUACUGAAAAAAUCUGAUAUUUUCAAACUAGUUCUUUUACUGUGCAGUGUCCAUCAUGUAAGCAUCUUAUUAGUGUUUUUGGUGUCCCCAGGGAGCUGGAGAGUGGUGUGGUGUUACAUCUAAACCCACUGCCCCUUUAGUGGUGCAGGUGCAUGGACAUACGUUCAUCUCCUCCUCCUCCUCCAUCCCCUGUUUCCCCUGAUUGUCAGCAGCACUCAUUGAACCAGGCUCAAGAGGAUUUCCACUGAUUACUAACAAAGAGCCAGCUGAGAUUAGCUGAUCCUUAAAGGGCUCCCUGCCACCCCACCCACCCAUUAUCCCCAUCCUGUCUACAUGUCUUCAAGUCUGAACCUUACCAGGCAGUGUAUGUUUUGAUUUUUCUUGAUGUUACAUGUCAUUUACUUUACUCUCUGUACUUCAAAGUUGUUUGUUAUAUGAUCCUCUCUUCUCUUGUCUCUUCUCGUUUGUUCGACUUUCACAUUAAAUCCCAUGCUCAUGCUGUUUUGCAGUUAAGAGGCUAUAAAGGUUAAUCUCCCCCUAACUACAUCUCAGAUUGAGUUUAUAUCACUCUCCCAGAAGUGUCGAUCUACAUUAAAUGACAGUAGCUACAGUCCCAAACCCGACACCAUGCCCCUGUCUGAACCGGCCUGUUGUGUGGGGCAUUAUCUUCUGCUCCAAGUAGAAAUUAAAUCACUUCAAUAAAUGGUUAACAAGUGAUGGCCCUAUUUUUUAUUAAGGAGCCAAACUCACUGUGUAAGUUAGUUGUUAAUGACUAACAAGAGCUGUGUUAUAUAUUAACUCACCUUGAAGUGAUUCAUCAUGUAAGCUGCUAACCCUGCCGUUUUAAACUGAGCACGCGUACGGCUCUGUAGCCCUGAUUAUUUGUUUAUUUCACAUUUUAUAAAAAGCAUCUCCUCCCUCCUGAUUGCAGCCGUUAAACACUGUCCAAGAACCUGCACUUGACUGAGAGUGUGUCUCACCUCCCUGUGGCCUCACGUCAGACCAGUGCGGGCUUGUUUCAGGAUGUCUCAGCUCUCAGCCUCCACGCUGCAUGUCAGAGCCUGAGCAUGAUGACAUCAACUCCUCGAAAUGCGCCCCACACCUGGGAACUGGCCACUGACCUGUCGAAAUCACAAAAAGUGAUGAGAGGUUCUCAUUUAGGUUACAUUCCUGGGCUUGUAGCAAAAGCAUGAUACUUGGUGAUUCAGGGUCCUGCUUCUUACUUGUUUUGUAUCAUGUUAAAGCCAAGAAGCUCUUAUUUACACAAGGAUUUUAACACUGUCAAAACACAGUUUUUGUGACUGUUUUCCCAUCAAGUAGUUCACAUCACUGGUGUACGCACACCUCUUCUUCCUGUGUAACAGCUCCUGUGUUGGGAAUAAUUGUUUCCACGCUGAUCUGUAUGGAAAUGACACACAUGUGACAAACAAUGGCUGCUUUAUUCACAAAGACAGUCUGGGUGUAUGGAGGGAAGUUAUGCCUUCUGUUUCCACAACUGAGUAAACCUCAGAAUUAUGAGCUUUUUUUUCACUUUGCAGAAAUAUUUAUUUAGUUUACACUGCUUUAGUAACAUAAUUAUACAUGUGAGGAUUAAAGCAGAUUUUCUGUAUAGGAGAAAAAGGCUGUAAAAUUGUGUUGUUGUAUCAUCCUGCGCCUGAAGGUGGCAGUAAAAGCAUGCAGACGCUGAUUCAUAUUAUUCCUUGUACCUCUGUGGAGAGGUGUGUAUGUGUGUGUGUGUGCAUACUUUUCUACAUUUGGAUGUGCUUGAAAACUGUGUAACUUCCAAAAUGACUUUUAUCUCUAAUCCAUCCCUCUUGUAGUUUUCUUGUGUAUUCAGCAGCAGUUGAUCAUGCAACCAUAUGAAAGCCAAAGCAACUGCAAUUGAUUUAUAAAAAAGGCUAAUUUGUAAAUCCACAGUUUGAUCGGUGUACAGGGAGAGUGAGUAAGCAAGUAUUAUUUCACUGGAUCGCUUAGUUGUGUGUAAUAUAGCCAAACACAGUUAGCAGGGGGGUAACAGGGCGACUGACUGCAGGCCCUCAGGGCUUGGCUCUGCUUCAGACCAUCUCUGCUGGAGCUGCAGUGAUGGCUGUGGAAAGGCACAACUCAGUUAGAACCAUGUAUUAAUGAUGAACUGAACCCACUGCAGCCACCCCACUGCAGGUCCAGAGGAGCUACAUGACAGACGGACUCAGCGUCAGUUUGUGCGUGCGUGCGUGCGUGCGUGUGUGUGUGUGUGUGCGCGCGCAUGUGUCUUUUGUGCAAAUUUUAGUUAAUCUGCAUCUGGAGGCCUCACAACAAAGAAAAGGAAGUGGUACCCCCUCAGGAAAAAUGGGUCAUUUUUUCUCCUGGGAUAAAUAAACUAUCCUAAAAUACCAAGUGAAAGGAAAAGGAUGUGGCUCCUGUUGUAUUUGGUUUGUAGCAUUUAAAGAGGGACAGGAUAACCUGAUGUCAACCCCAGGACAAAGACAGACUUGAAUUUAACCUAAGAUACGGUUAAGUGGAAAAACUUCUACCUGUUAAUUCAUGGGAUCGACUUUUUUGUUGUUACUGAGUCUGGGUGUUGUGAACUCAACAGUCAUGUUGUGACACUUUAUGUAACUGAACCAUAGUUACUAGACUGGCAUUCUGACAACUCAGCAGUAGAAAGGCAGACGCCAAACAGGCAUGAUUUGAGACUGCCUCUUUGGUUUUAAAAAUCCUCCUUGUGGCUGAAAAUGAAUUAAAAAAAUAAAUUUUAGAACUAUUGUUUAUUUAUUGUUUCAUACAGUUUGUCUUUUUUUCGAGGUACUAAAUCAUUGAUUGAUAAACAAGGGUCUUUUGGGGGGGAUACUUUGUCAUUAUUACAAGGUUUAAAGUCUUAACUUUGAGAAACUGAGUUCUUCUGUGGAGAAAUUAUGACCUUUUUUAAAUACACUUUUACACUGUGUCUUUUCUCAAGACACUAAAACACGAGCCGACAGUACUCAAUCAUUACAAGUACCUCUUGUUUCCCCUUUGGAAAUACUGUACAUCUUUCACUGGAGACAAGUUGUCUUUAUUUUGAUACACCUAGAAGUUUGUUAAGGUACUCAAAAUUUCAAGGCUCUCAAUCUGUACCUACAACUACUUUUUUGAUAUAUGUACAUAACUUUAAAAUAAUGUAGGCUCUGUCUUGUUGAACUGGUAUGUAACUACUUGACCAGGGCAAUGUAAAUAGAACAGGUAUGUGGAUGUUAACCUGCAAGGUGAACUGAGGGUUGUUGGUGCUAAUAGUAGUAACACUGGCAUAGCUGUCGACACGGUUGACUCAGAUACUCUAUGAUCUCUAUGAUCCCACGUCAGCAGUGCUGAUCAAUCUGAGGGUGUUCUUACCUUUAGAUUAAUUGGUGUGAUAGAAUCUAAAUUACCAAUAAAUAAACCAUGAUUUUUCACUUCUAAACACCACUUAUUUUGACACACUGGGUAUUUAACUCAUUUCAAAUCAGAGCUCAGUAGUUUGGAGUAAUUAGUCUUAAUUUUUAGGUACCAUGUCAUUAUUUUGAGAGAGUUCUCUAUUGUAGUUUAAUCAUUUUUUUCAUUAUUUUAAACAAGUUUAACAUUAUAAUACCUUAAUGGGUCAUUUCUUUUAACACUUUGAAAGUAAUGGGUUUCCGUAGUUUCCUAUGGGGUUUUGUGUCUGGGUAUUUUGGGGUGUAAUGUAAACUUGGCAUCUAAAAUGUAGAGUCUUUGGAUUGUUGACAUUCCUGGCCUAUCUUUGUAGGCCACCCACAUGUAUAACUGUGUACCCUCCUCCUAACUUCUCAAACAACCCCCAUGAGGAACUUUUUAAAUCUUUAAACCCCCCCCAAAAAAGUUAUUCUAAAAACUCUCAAAGUUUGUCAGCUUUGGUGAAUUCCUGUGAAACGUCCGUGUAUGUUGAACCAGCAGAGUUCAGUAGAGAAAUAGUAGAGGUUAGCAUUAUUUAUAUAGAAAGAUAUCCACAAGAAAAAAGAAGUUUAGAUUGGGUUUGAAGGCCAGUGGGCAGAAAGGCAUGGCUUUGUUAUGACAGUGUUUACCCACACACAUCAGCAGGAAACAGCCACUUCCCUUCUGGAGUCCCUGGAGAGCUCCAGCUGGGAGCCAGCUUGUUUUAUCUGCCCGUUACUGCUGGAAAUGUGGCUGAUGUCACUGUGGUCCACCGCCUCUCUCUGAGCAAACACACACACACAGACUUCUCCCUGCAGAGCCCUUCAGCAGACCCUGUGCCUUGAAACAUGACCAGCUGCGGACUUGACCUUCAUCCUGCAGGAGCUCUUCAGAUGAGAUGCCAGCUCCUCCUAAACUCCCCUCUACUCCUCCAAACCACACAGAGACAUUUCUGUCUUUGUUGUGUGGAGGAUUGCCCAACUCUUAGUGUGAAAGGGAAAACUCGAAGUUGACCCCUCUCUGUCCACAUGUGCUGCUUUGAUGUUGUUAUGCGGCUCCACCCGCCACUCGCUGCUAACAGCUGGAAAUUGCCGUAUUAGUGUAAGUGGUGUUAUUUUGGGGUUACUGCAGGCCAGAGAUAGUGUCCUCGUGCUGCAGAUGUUGUUAGUGUGUCCAAGAACUUCAGCUAGGGAAAAAGACGAACCACUUUGUUCACUGUAAAAAAAAAAAAAAAAAAAUCGGAAUUCGAAUGACUAAAUGGCCUAAGUCCAUCUGUGCUCGUUUACAUCCAGGUAGCAGAGCAUCACAGCAUUAUAGUAGUGACUGUUGACUAAAGCUAUAGUCCCAGGUGACUGUGCUACAGCCUACAUACAACUAUUAGCUGGCAUUUCAGGCCUCACUUUGAUGGAUCAGUAAUUCUGGGGCUAACUAGUCAGGGUGACCGUGUUUUAUCGUUUAUUCGACCACUAUAAUUAUUGACAAUGGUCAAUAAGGCUUAUCCUUGACCUUAAAUGAGGGCUUUUGAACUGUUUAUGAAACAGUCUCAAUACUGCUGCCUCCUGAUGACCUUCAGAGCAAAGCAUUGUGUCAGCUUGAAUAUUGACUCUCUAUAUAUUGCUAUUUCGAAGCCUUUCAACUCUGUUUAUGGGUCAGGCUCCGUCAAAGUAAUUUACCGCAUUCAAAGCAAGCCUUUUGAAGAAUAAUGAGUGCACAUACGGCGGGCUCUGCCAAGGGAGAAGACAACGCUUUGUCCACAGUUGCCACUAAAUUCAACUUCUUCAUAGCUGCUUUAAGCUUUAAAAAAAAAAAAAAAAAAACGCCAAACACUCCAUGGUUUCAGCUUGGGCUGGGCAAUAAAACGAUAAUGAUAUAUAUUAAAAAUUUAUUUCCCUCAAUAUCGAUAUGAAACAUGGUCAAUAUAAAUUUCGAUAGCCAGCAUUCUGCCAUGUUUUGGUCGUCAUACGAAUAGCCAAUGAAAAGCCGCGCUGAAAUGACCAUUGAGUACACUUUCUCUAACACCUUACAAUAAAACAGAGACAGAGAGACCUCGCUUAUUGUAUUGCAAAAGACAUGCUACCAAUAAGCACUGUUAUAUUUCAUUUAGGAGUAACAGGGAACAUUUAAGAUUGACAAGUGAUUAUUUUAUAUUGUGAUAUAUAUCGAUAUCGACUGAUAUGAAAAAAAUAUAUAGUGAGAAACUUUUUCCCAUAUUGCCCAGCCCUAGUUUCAGCUGUAAACAUCGGACAUCGAAGAGAUGUGCAGAUCAAGUCAGUAUUGGGUCGGUCCAUCAAAGACCACAUCUAGACGUGCAAAAUAGGUUAGAAAUUUCGACGUCCAUAUUGGACCUUUUUUAGGCAUCCCUCUGACGUUUAGAAUUUGGACGUCAUCUGAAGACCAAAUCUAGACAUCGGCACAACGUGUAAAAUGGAUCCAAGAUUUAGACCUCAUUAUUGGACCUCUUUUAGACGUUGAAAUGACGUCCACAUUUGUACCUCAUUGUCGAAAAAAUAUGUUAAAUAGAUGUCAUUUCAAAGUUGCAUUGCGCAGUGAAGACAUGUUGCUUUUUGUUGGUUUGAUAUGGUUGUUCAUUUGGUAUUUGGGUUUCUAGAUACUUGGUAGACUAAGACAUGACAUUUGUAAAUGUCUCCUUGUUGGAUGUCAUCACUUCCUUGGACCAGUUGUUUAUUAUAUUAGAGAAUAACUGGCAAAUCAAGUCAUGGUUUUUGUAACUUGAAGGAGAUUAUUUUACUGUUUAUUUAACUUUUCAUAUAAUUUAAUUCAUAAGAUGACUUCAGUGUCAACCUCCAAAUUAAAACCAGUUAGUUUUUACAAUUUUGCGAUCGUUAAAUAUAAAAUUUUGGAAGCUUGGUGUUUGAAUUUGGUUUUGAAUACAUUACCAAGGUCACUCCAGGAGGUGUAGCCGACAGCGAAGAGUGAAACCCAGGCUGUGACAAUAGCAACAAUAAUCCCUGCAGCUCCACACAUCCAGCAGUGUCACAUCAGCUCUUAUCUCCUCUGCAGCUGCUGUGGGUUUUAGCAGAGCUGUGCAGCAGAGCUGUCACAUCCCACGGAGGAGGUUCAUACUGGAACAUCCACAGAUAGGCCCAUGCUGAGACUUAGCACACAUUUAAAAACCCCCCUACCAUUCUCCUUGCAGCCGCUCGGCCGGAGCUCCAGCUCAAGAUUUGACACAGUCCAACUGUGUGCUGCUGGAGGCCACACUACAGUACCUCUUCAUUUAUCAGCUACAGACAUGCACGGUAUAGAUGUACUGGAGCUGUGCACUAGAAGCUGUGUCACAGCAGUAGCAACAUACACUUUAUCAAUAUAGAUUUAGCUAAGGUGUUGUUUCUGUCAAAGUGAAUAAAAAUGUGAAUCUGUUUCAGAGAGAUAGAUUUAUUUCUGAGAAGCACUCAUUGUAAAACAGCAUGUUGCAGAGAUGCUUGACUUGAGGGCAGCGAAAAGAAAGUCUGCUGCACCUAAUGACUCAGCAACCCUCUGUCUGGCUUUAAUAAUUUAUCACCCUUGGAGUAUAUUGUAAGCCUGUUGCAGAGGACGCUACACAGACUCAGUCAAGCACACCUGGAGGUGUCCAGUCAUCAUUCUGUUGGCGCUUUACCGUAUUUACAGUGUAGUUUACAAGAUGAAUAACAGGAAAUAUAGGAGGCACUGAUCCAGAUUCAAAACACAGAUCCAAAAAGAUACCUCCUUAUCAGGCAUUUUGAAGUAUUUAACUAAGAGUGGGAGAAACAAUCAAUUCACAUAAGUAUUGCGAUUUUUUGUUUUACAAUUUUUAAAUCGAUUUUUAUGUUCAAAAAAUUUUUUUUUUUCAUAUUUAAGAACAAAUCUUAAAAACUGACUGACAUGUGAUGUGUAUUUUUUUGUGGAAAUAUGGUUCCAAUAGUCAAUAGACAAUCAUAAUCAUUCAACUGUUUCACUGGUGUUAAAAAUGCAGACUAAAAACUCGUAGAGGAAUUGAAUCGUCAGGAAAGCAUAUCGUCCCAGCCCUGCAAUAAACUGUACUUUACAAAAGACUGACUGCAGUUUUAAAUUCAGUUGCACCCCACCAUAGAAGUUCAGGUCUUGAUGGUUUUGUAAAGGCAAAACACGAAAAACUCUUAAAUAUGCAAAUACUGCUGCAAGCGUACAUGCUAUUACCUCCCUUAAAGCAGUGAAGAAGUCAGGUCCUAAUUACAGUGUUGCAGACCUGUCCUCACAUGUAAAAGAAGAAUCUGAGUCCUCAGGGCGAAUGAUAUGUGAUCACCAGCUGUCGCACUUCAAAGUCCGCCUGUAGCUGUUCAUCAUUGUUCAUUUGCCUGCCUUGUCAGAAAAAUAGUGACAAUGACUGACAGCAGCUCGUCUCAGAAGUUAAAGUGCAUUCUUGAGUGGAGAAACACAUUUUUGUUUUUUUCUCGAUUUAAUGCAUUUAGAUGGUAGAUAAGGUUAUAAUCCACUCAAAGCCUACCAGCUAAGCCUGGCCUAGUUUUUAUUUUAUUUUACUUAUUUACUUACUUUUGUAGAAUGUACACAUUACGUCUGACGCAACCUCCGACAAAAGGGUUACCAGCUCUAAAUGUCUGUAAAGAAAGAGUUGGAAAAACUUGCUAUCCUUCCUUCCCGUAAAGCCUCCAAAAGGGGAUUUGUGUCUUUGCAGCUUCUGCCGAUGCUUCUUGUUAUUCAGUAUAAUACGCUCAUAAUCCUUCAUAGCUGGGGCAGGAGGAUGAAGACUGGAUCUGAGGUGUGAGGAAUGGGAUAAAACCAAGAGGAAAUGCAUUUCCUUAAAAAUCAAUGGGCAAAAUCAAAGUCUUAAAUUCUGCCUCUAACAGCUGCUCUCCUCUGCUGCUCUUUCUGUACUCUAACAGCUGAAUGUAGUUCAGUGUGUCAAGCACUACUGAAAUAUUAACACAGCAGCAGUCUGGAGUGAGUGCAAGCAAAACCAUGAUGUAAGGCAGUACUACACUUUCCCCAAAUGUGCAUGCGUUUGAAUGCGUUUCUGUCAGUGCGCUUUCUUACAAGCAGGUCAGUCAGUCAGCACCUUUUAAGGUUUCUUGUUUAUUGAUCUGUAGAGGAGGUUUCAAGACAGAUGCAUGCGUGCUUCUGCAACAGAGUUAUGCGGGUUAGCUGCUGCCGGUGAGGCUUACUGUACUUCCCUGGUUGCACCAUUUGCGUGCCACUGUGACAAGAAGGUCUCCUACAAUUCCCAGCGAGGUCUUUGAAUUUGUGACUUAAAGCUAGAGGCAGUAAUGAGUAAACUACAGUAAAUACAACCUUGUUUCCAUCAUGGGUUUGUUGUAUUUGGGUUUAUAUGCCGAUAUGUUUCACAAAAAGAGCUGAAAGUGCCUCAGUAUGGGUAUUAAACACAUAUGCACUCAAACACUUGUCUUAGGAAUGUGAAUUUCCAAUAUUUCUUCAAAAUGCAGCCUUUGACGAACUUAACAAUUUUCUGUCUUUCACGCUUUGUUGUUCUGCUCGCCGUCCUGAGACGUUUUAAUCAAAGAAGGAUGAGUCAUUCCCUGUUUUUUUAUGAUUAAAAUGUUUCAUUCCACCCCCAAUAUUUCUGUGUACUUGGCAGAGGAGCCAACAUGUGAUCAGGCGGCAGCUAAUCUUUUUUAGGGGGGAAAAAAAGUCUUUUUGAUGUCUUGACCUACAAGUUUGAAAUCCUCCCAUGCCCUUGAUAUGUUUCACACAGAGAUUUCUUUGAAGCAUGUGUAAGGUCCCUGCAAUUUCUACCAGGAAAGACAAUACAGUUGGUUUGUGAUGUUUUUCAUUAAUUUUAACAUGAUUCCUCUAUAAUGCCUAAUGCUGCAUAUUAGAUGCCAUCUAUUGAGUGUGAUUCAUGCACCUUUUCUGCCAGUGUUCCCUGACUGAACUAAAUAAGCAUUCAGCCAUAUUGCUAUUUGCCUGACCAUGGAAUCAGACUCUCCCUCUGGAUAUACGCCUGCACUCAUAGUGAAAUAAGUGGGUUACUCUAAUUCAUCCGGUUUCCCGAAGGAGUCUCGUUUUGUGGAGUAAAAAUUAAGGGGAUUUAUUCAGUAAUUCAUGUGUAGCCAAAUCUACAGUAUUCAAAUGCUGAAAUGAAUGAAAAUUUAAAAACUGGAAGGGAUUAGAAAAUGCACACAGUGGCUUAGAGGAGAAUGAGCAAGAGAGACAGAUGCACACAAAAGCUCACACUGCACCGAAGCUCAGCAUUGGCUGAAGCUGCAACAGAACUCUCACAGCAUCCUUCAUCCCCCCAUCCCUCGCUCUCUCUCUCUCUCUCUCUCUCUCUCUCUCUCUCUCUCUCUCUCUCUCUCUCUCUCUCUCUCUCUCUCUCUCUCUCUCUCUCUCUUCCUCACUGUAUCUCGUCUGCUGACUGAGGUAUUCCUGCAAACACAGACUGGGGAAGCCAGGAAUUACAGUCAGACUCUCUUUUUUUUGUACGUGCAUGAAUUCACUCUCCUGCUUUCCUCACUUUGGAUCCUUUUUGCCUGGACUCCAGCGCUUUUUUCUUGGGUCAGAAACUGAGGAUUUGCGGGUCAGAGUCACAUCAUGGACCAGGGAGAAGCAGGGGACAAUCAAGGAAACUGGGUCACUGGCAGGCUCUCCUGACUGAUGCCUGUGUGGACCUGGAGGAAUGGGGUGCACCACCAGCACGGUUGUGUUUGAUGGGCUGCGUACAGUCUUAGAGAGGAACUGUAGCGGCUACAUCUGUAAGGGAGCAGCUGAGCCCAUUGGGCCGUCUGAGGCUGAGCGAGCGCUGAGCAGGAGAGAGUCGCGUGUACUACCAACACCGAGAGUGCUGAAGGUGUGUGUCCAUGUGAUUGCACAUGUGGGAUUCUGUCUGGUUGGCACGAUGAGUCGGGUGUUUCACAGUUCAUUACCAUCAAAUUAACAAAACUAUCUAUAGAUAUUAGCAGCAAUAUGAGAAUUUUUACACAUAUUCAUUUAUUGAAAAAUGUUAGUUUUUAUUCUUUACUAUGUUCAUCCUCUUAUUUAUGAAUUUCUUUGUUUUCUUUCUAACCUGAGCUGAUUUAAUAAAAAAAAAAAUAGUCCAGUGAGCCUCCUUUCAAAUUCUACUGUAACUGAUCCAAAGGCUCUUUUAUAGCAUUUAUUUUGUUCCACCAGAGGUUUCAUAAUGCUGCGAGGGCAUGAAGACAGUGAUGAGAUUAAUUCGUAGCCAUGGGCAAAUUAUAUUAAAGAGGGGAAAGCAGCAAAUCCUUGCAUAUGAAAAGCAGGAACCAGCAAAGACUUUCAUUGUUUUGCUUACCUCUAUUCCUUUUUCAGUUGGAUUUUUACUUUCAUAUUUAUAAAUUAUCUAUGCUGUUAUCAUCCCUCAUUUCCUCUAAACAAAAGGAAAAUGCAAAGCAAGAAAAAUAGAUGAGUACGAGUGGAAUAAAUCAUAAAAUAUGUGCAGGCUGUGCAACAUUUCCCCCGUCAGUGAAACAUCCUUGAUUUCCCAGAUUUCCUCUAAGACAAUAGCAAACUGCAAAACAUGACUGUAAUAAAUGACUCAAAUUGACUUCAGAGUAAAUAUAGCCAGCAAGCCAUUAUGAACAAGAGUACACCUGCUGGUGGAUAUUCACUGACAAUGGAUGCAAGAGUUGCAGUAGGAAUCGUCAUCCUCGCUCCAGCUCUGUGCAUAUGCAUGCAUGAGUGUAAACAGUAGGAAAUGUAGGGCAGUAGGAGGGCUGCAUCUUGCAUCUCACUAAGCGCUGCACGGGUUAAAGCCUGCGUAGCGAGGGAUGUGGGUGAGGGGUUGAGGGGGGACAGUGAGAGCUCUGUGUCUGCUGGAAAUCAAUCACAGUUCUUCAUCUGUGAACCAGCGGGCUUGGCAGGGCUUCUGCCGCUCCGUACCAGCUUGUCUUGCCCUUCUUGUUUGUGUUGACUCACGGCUGUGUGCGUGUGAUGUCUCUUUCCUGUCGCUGGUUCAUCAGAUUCACAGCAGAGUAACAGUGGUUCCAGCUGAAAGCAGGGAAUUAGGUCAAGGGCAUGGUUGCUUCUCCUGGCUCGGGGAUGGCCUUAUCACCCAGACGUGGGAUCAUUUAAUCCUCUGUCAGCAUUCAACAGUCUAACAAAUCAAUACUUAAAUGUGAGCCGGCGAAGUGGUGUGCUUAGCACAUAUUUGUCAAAGUUCAUCUGUAAGGAGCUUUAAAACUAACAAAUGGCCCUGAAAAGGUUAGUAGAUGUAACUCAACCCAAGAAAACACCAGUUAAUAACCGUUUAAGUGAAGCAAAAAUAGUGAAUUAUAAUAAAUACAAACCAGCAUCUCAUCAGGUGAAUAAAUAAGCAAGCUAAGGAUACUUACUCAAAUCGUAAAGUGUCUUUUUAUCUUAUUUUCAUGAACUGGCUAGCUUAAGAAAAUUAGCCAAAAUGCUUUACCUAUUGUUAAAAUACUUAAGUUGGAUGUCUGUUAUUAAACUUCAUAAAUCAGGACUGUGAAACUAGCUAGCUUGGCUAAAAACACAAAGAAACAGCCUAUCCACUGCACUGAUUUCUGAUAACCCAUAAAUAUGUAUCAGUGGGCUACAGACGUUUCAGUGACAGUAAUGCUGACGCUGCAUUUCAUACUGAACUUCUGUAACAAUAGGAAACACAUUUCAGCUCUUUUUAAUCCACUGCGCCUUGUUAUGUGUUAAGACAGUCUGCCUUUUUAAUUCCUUGUUAUUGCAGCAGGUUGUGAUGUCAGGGAGUUUUAAGCAGAGGAGUGCUCUUAUAUGCAGUCACAAACAAAGCUCUCUGUGGGUCUGCCUGUACUCUAUAUUAGAUGGAUACAUAGUUAAAUGCUUUUUUCACUGUUACAGCACACUGAUUACAACAGCUCUGCCUUUUCCUUCCUCGUGGAAACUUUAUUUUUAUUCUCUCAAGAGCCUCCAAAAAUAAAAGCCAGUGAUUUGAGAUAAUGUAUUUUAGGGUUUGCUGUUGUUCUCACACACUGGGUCUAAAUAUCAGAUGCUGUUUUCAAGCUACUAGUUGGAUAUUGCUUUGUUGGUUUGAAACUAGAGGUGAUAAAUUUUGGAGAAAGAGGAUUUGGCAAACAUUGACAAAACUGAAUUAUACACUCAUUGCCCAAGGCUGCUCCAGUACUUGUUCUUUUAGAUGAUUGGCUGCAGUAUUUCCCACCAAAGAAGAAGCUGUUUGUUGGGGGCUGACAGUGAGCCUCUUUAUUUGGCUAAAAUCUGCAUAAAAAUUCUCCAAAAGGCACCAACACCAGUAAGAAUAGUAAGGUGGAAAUGUGAAGCUACAUUUCGACAGAUCAGUUUGGUACAGUACUGUAUGCAAUUAUUUUUGUCUCUAGUGUAAAAAGGUAGAAAAGGCACCAAAAUACCAGAUUUGAACCAUCCUAUAUCUCUUGGGGGGCCUGUAUGACCCUAAAAGGUGGAGCUUGACACUCUGCAGUCUGUGACUGAGUGAGGUGAUUGAUUAUAACUCUCCUAACCGGAUUUUAAUUGUUGAUCAGUCAAAUACUUGUUCAUGAUCAUUUAUGUUCAUAUGAGAGAGUGUCUUUAAAGGUCAGGACGGUCUUUUUAGGAAAUUAUGAAAUGUACACAUGGAGCUGAGCAGUGAGAGGGGCACAGAGUGAUUGCACAAAAAGAAAAAAAUGGCUUAUAACCAGAUACUAUGUGAAAAGUUACAUAUCUUAUCCAUGGCUGAUUUGAUUCAUGACAACUCUUUUCCAGCUAAAUUCACUGUAGGCUCAAAAAGAACUGUUCUUGAGCUAAAUAACUGUCCUGUACAAAACUUCAAAAUAAAAGCAUACUGUGAAAACAAAUGGAAGUCCCUUGACAGAAAAAAAAUGGAUCAGGCUUUUGUUUUGAAAAGUAUUUCAGAAGUCCUUAUCAUGCUAUAUUUUCAAACUUGUGGCAUGAAUAUAUGUGAUACAAAGUCAAUACAGCCUUCAGCUUAUCAAUUAUUUGUCUGACUUGGCUGAGUGAAGAAAAUCGUAAAGCCUCAGACUCUCUCUAGAUUUUUCAUGAGAAGAAUAUGAGACGCACUGCUCACGCCAGCAGCCUGAAUGGCCUAAUCUGUUAACAUGCACACUGAAAUGAAAAUCAAGCUGUUCCAGAGCCAUCAUGCACCCAACAUGCUUAUGCAUGAAGAGCCAUGGGCAUAGUUGGCUGCAGACACGCCAACAAGAUCAGGGUUUACUGUGCCAGACUGAACCAAACCAGACUACUUGGUGGAAACUAACUGUAAGUGUCUCAAAUGUGAUAACACUAAACAGACAACCCAUGCCCCUAAUUAUGCAUUACUCCAAGCUUUAAUUUAAUUAUACUAAUUAAAUCAACACUUCCAAUAAUUGUCAUGACUAGGAUAUUCAGUGGUCCUUAUUAUUGACCUGACAGUAAACAUAUUGACUAAAGCUUUACUCUCAGGAAUUUUGACAUAAAUAUCCAUGUAAUGUGCAUUUGGAGCCUGCCUCAAGUGGCAUUUAAAGAAACUGCUUGCUACCUUAAGAAUAAAACAAUCAAUCUAUCAAAAUCAUCACUUUUUCUUGCCAAAAAAAUGUCACCUAGCAGGCUGGAAGUCAAUAGUGCCAUGUUAUACUGCUCUUGUUCUUUAGAAAGCUACCGAGAACACUCAGUGUUUACGUUCUGAUAUUAUUUGCUUUCACAGGGGUUCAGUUUCCUUCCUUUAUUUCUCUGAAAUGUUUGAGGCCCACAAUAAUGCUGCGCAGAAACACUGAGGUGUCUGCUGCUUUUAUCAGAGGAAUGUUGUUGCAGAGAAAGGAGGUGAUGUCAGCUCGGUUACAGAUGAAAGCAGCUUUCAUCUCAUGAGGUUUUGGGAGGCUUGUGAUUUUUGACUUUUACCGAAACAUUCGUGAGGAGUCUUUUAUACACUGUUCCUCUCUGGGGGGUUGAUGAAGAACCAAAGUAUGUCUGAGAGUGACAUGAAGUAGAAACUAUUACAUGAUAAAAAACAUUUAAUGGAUUGAAAAAUGUGACAAACACUGUUGUGACUGCAGUCUACAUUUUUUCGUUUAGCUGGUGUAUUCUCAAGGUACAGGGAUAAACAUGUCGAAGUGUGUGGGCCUGAACACUAUUCAAUAAUUCUCUGAAUAAUAAAGUAAAUUCUCGGUAUCCUCAUUUAAAGGUGGAACAUUUCAAAGAUAGCCCUCUAAGUGUUUGCCGGUGUAUCCCUAAGGACCCUGACAGUCAAUAAGACCACCCUCCUCCAUACAGCUGUUAUGUUUUAGCCUAAUGGAUCUACAGUAAGUCAACAUCUGCUUUGUUUUUCUUCGUGAUUACUUCCUACUUUUGAGAAAUUUCAGCCACCCCAAUGGUGCUUUAAGGAGGGACACAGACGUCACAGUAUUGACGUGUUUGUGUGUUCGUUUGUGUGUGUGUUUAUUUUGCUCCAUACUUGCUGACUGAUGCACUGAACCAUAAUGUUUUCACCAGCACUUAAGCUCAUGUACUUAAAGAUUUUCUGGGUGCUGCUGCAGUUUGAUUUUCACACAGAUCUGACGGCUGCAUCAUUCAUGUCUAAUACUGUUAGUUACUUUGAAGUCGUUCACUGAUCAAUAAAGCUCCAAAGUUACAACACACUCUUAUGUUCUUCCUCUGCAGGGUGAGACGACUAUCUUUGCCUAGAGAUUGCAUCCUGUUAUUCUUAAUGCCAUUGUAUCCCACAUCCUACUGUAGUGAUGGGACUAACAGAGCUCGUCGUGUCAUUAUCACCUCUAUGUUAAAAUCUCAUUCUCUGCUCACAGUACACUACUCUCCAGGGGAUGGACUGUAAUCAGGCUGCAGGACAGAGGGUUCUGGUCCUGCUGCUAUAGCUUGGUGGUGAGGGGUGGGCCGUGUUUUUGUUACAUUCCUGGUUACACCCUGUUUUUCUUUGGCUGCUUUAUGCUGGGAAGGUCCAGUGAUUGCAUCAAGUCCUUGUUAUGUAAUGAAGAAGUCCAGUAGUAGUUCUGUCCAGGCUGAAAAUAAUGACUUGAUGGAUGGCUGUGAUAUUAAGCUGACUGGAAUAGGGUUGUGUUAGAAUAGUUUUUGAUUGCUCGUAAAGUUUUAAAGACAAAGUAAUGGAGUAAUGAGAACAGAGAAUAAGACCAACCCAAAUCUGGUCAACCAUAGCCACUAUGACUAUACUUGACACGGCAGUAACAUCGACACUGACUGUUAAAAGGCAAUGUAAUCAAGCAUGGUAUGUAUUAUGGUUAACUAAAUUAAAAGGAAUUACCUAAUUUGAAUAUUGUGUAAGACUGUUGUGGCGCCAAUGAUUUAAAUUAAUAACUUGGGGAUUGGGGAUGAAAUGGUCUUCUUUUCUGACCAGUAUCUCUGAACCACUACCCACAUCCCUGACUUUUUGUCCCACCGAGCAAUGCAAAAUUUUCAUGUGGUCCAAAGGAGUUUACCUACAAAGCAUAUUUAAGUACAUUUACUGUAAGCUGCAAACGCUUUUUUGACAACAUCCUGUUAGUCAGCUGCUGACCAUUGCAAACACUUUGUUGCUGAACACAAGUGUUUGUUCUACCAUUAAAAGGGCUCAAUGUGCCCUCCUGCUUAGACCAUCUUUCCCAUAAGAAACACUCUCUGUUUAUUCCUGUGGAUAAAUCUGCAAAACAGUGCAAAGUCUGAGAUUGUUUUAAAGACCAAGAAGAAAAAAACCUGUGCACUGUACCAAGCCGUGUACAGCAGUUGUAUAUAUUACAGGACUGUGAUGGCAAAAGGGAGUCUCUUUGAAGAUAUUUAUCUCCUUCAGCUGUGGAUAAAAGUUGUCUGGGAAAGAAAGUCCAGCUUUGUACAAGCAUACAGAUCAAAGUAAAACAUCUAGUUUAGUAAUGUGGCAUGACUUUCUUUGCAUAAUUAAAGGAAAUGUCUAACGAGGCCAUUGGCUUAUCAUUGUUGCCUCUGGGCCUACGAUUUACAGCAGCUAUGGAGAGUUAACAAUAAGGAGGACAGUGGAGUUGGAAGUGAUUUCAAGGAUUUAAUUGUGUUCCAGAGAAGCCGUUUUUGGUCAUAAAUCAAAGAGUGUGAUAUAGUACAAACUUCUUUUUUUUAAAGAUGUGCAAAAAAUGGCCUCAAGGUUGUGGUUAAAGGAGGGUGAGGCAGUGAGCGUCAAAACUGGAAUUUUGCAUGAGAUAAAAGUGCCAAAAAAUGUUCCUAAAAUUUUUUUUACAUAUAUCCUAAUGCUGCCAUAUUUGGGAUUUUUGAGCAAACGCCAUAUUUUUGUAUCCAAUGUUUUGAAAUGAUGUGUUACUGUGUGGUAUUUUAUGUCAUCUUAGUGCCUCAGGAUGGCACCGAUUUUUAGUUUUCUCCAAUGUGCUGCCUGCUUAGAGCCAGGACUCAGGAUUUAGCUUGUAUCCCUUCAACACCCCCACAGUCCCCAUAUAUAAUGCAAUGCUGAUCCACAUGCACGCCAGAGGGGAGUUGACAUCAUAGUCAUCUUUUCUAUGUCAUGCAUAUGGUUCACCAGACAGGAAUGACCUGUUUUUGUUUCAAAGUCUGUUUUUGCCUUCAAAUGGUUUUUGCUAUGAAGCCGCUUUUGGUGGUUGGGUGAGGGAUUAGACUGGGUUAAUUUUAGGACAAGGUCAAACUUCAGGGCAUCCUGGAGUCUCACUGAUAAGGAUACAGGUUAACUAAACAUCCUUGGUUUGAUUCCAGCUGGGCUCUCUUUGUCGCACUUGACCCCCCUCUCUAAUUCCCACUCUCUCUCUCCUGCUUUUCUGUCUCUAAUGUGACUCUGUGGGAGCAGCCAUUAGCUAAUCAACUCUAUAAAUCAAGUUCAUCAAAAAUGACAGACAGAUAACCUCCAUCAAACUUCAAAGAAGUUUUGCCAGUCUGACUACUUCAGCUGGGACAGGAAUCGUGAGAUGAUGCAUGUAGUAACAGGCUCGGCUGUUGUGUUGUUGUGGUAAGGAAUUAACUAAUAUGAGCUAAUCGCUAAAGUGACUCAUACUCUUGUACAAAAAUGGAUCUUCCUUACGAGGUAUUUGAAAGACGCUCAGCACAGCGUCAGUUAGAAGGCACCACAGACAAACUUGUGCUGACUGCCCUCUUUUCUUUGAGACUGUUACUGGAGCUAGGCUAACGUUGACACACCUUGUCUGUAUCAUUGGAGCUAGAAAACAGCUGAUUCUUAAUGUCAUCUUUCAAAAAAAAAAAAACACCUACUUCUGUUUGUAUUCUUGAAAAGUAAUUUUUUUGCAUAAAUGGCAGUCUCUUCCUCGAGUGUGACUAAUAAUGCUACUAUUUGGCUUCUAGCUGCUGUUUGUAGACUUUUUACUUGUCCAUGACAGUAAACCUGCACUUUAACUUGCACACUACCACACAGUUGCCUUUACUCUGAAAUAAAAUCACACUCAUCUUGCGUUUUACUCCAUGUAGUUUGGUUAUUUUGCAUUGACACACAUGUAUUAGUGGCAUUUUCAUUACUUUUAAUAUCAAUAAAUAUCUAUCCUCAGACUACCUUACGGUGACAGGAUCAAAAACCUGAACCUACUGGACGUCCCACAGGUCUUUUGGUUUUAAAAAACUGAUACCUAAAUCAUAAUCUAUGAUCCAAGUAUGUCAAUGUUUCAUGCAUCCCUGCCUGAGGUUAUCAUGGGCUGUUAUAAACCAGCUGUUGAUGGCGAAGUUUAUGAGAAGAUGUGAUUAGCAGGUUUUAUGUUGACCGUGAAGAGUUGGCUCAGGUCUUUGAAACAUUUUGAAUGGAAAGUCUUUGCAGCUGCAGUCGUCAAAUGUUUUUCUUAAGUGAUUAAUCAGUAUUGUUUAGUUUUUAAAAAAUGCCAAUGAUAACAUUUCUUUGCCAAAACUGAUAUUGUAGAUGUCCUGUCUUCGAUAACCAACUUUUUAAACUCAAAAGUCAUCAGUAUUUCAUUAAAUAUGCCAAAGACUCACAUUUGAUAAAACAGGCUUCAUCAUAAUAAAUGCUGAUCAUUUUCAAUGAAUUGGUGUAUUGAUAAAUCAUUCCCGUUAUUAUAGUUGACAGACAUUUGUUGGAUCUGUGUCCCAAUGCUGAGGUCAUUCCUGUUACCACUUUACUUGUUAUGAUCCAACUAUCAUCCAAAAUAAUCAAUGAUGUAACUUUCACAGACACAACCCUGUAAAUAUUUCCUUUGAUAUGAUCAGACUACCAUGAUUAAUCAUAGUAUUGAUCUUAACAUAACCCUGAUGCCUGUGUGAGGGCUGUGGGAGCAGAUGACAGUGGCGUGAGGGCAGCUGGAGAGCUGACCUGGCCCCUCCCCCCCUUCGCCUUAAGCUUGGACACAGGCGUGAAAAGAUAACAUCCUCCCCUGCUGUGGCCCUCUGAGGAAUCUGAGGGUCAGGCCCACUCCUAGGUGGGUUGAGUGGGGCUGCGUUGUGCUGGAAUGCCCCUCGAGCAGUUGCAUCAACAAGCAUUUAGAAAGAAGCUGAUUUCUGAUCAGCUCUGAACGAUGACUAACAGUUACUAUCUCUGCGUCAGUCAUCUAGUGGGGUCGACAAAGAUUAUAAAGUUAAGUGACUAAUGUUUGCCUUUCACAUGACUAACUGAUGUACUGCACUGCUCAUUCAGAGAUAGUUGACUUAUCCACCCCUGCGAUGUGGGUCAAGACUUGGGCAUGUUGUCCCUAAAAUCUGAGGAGCUCAGUCUGACAGAUUAUCCCUGAUGUUUACGUGUCAAAUCUGCUAAAUCACUGCAGUCCACUUGUCACUUGUUGCCUUCAUAUACUGUAACUAUGCUAUAAAUGCUUCUGUGGUCUUUUUUAACAUGCAGUUGAAGUGUCCUAUUGUUGUCUCAUCCUCUCCUCUCCAUAACGCUCUUAUUUCAGCUGUCCCACUCAAGACGUAGACGGCCCCUGACUAGACUGUAAUACUUGAGGAAUGUGCGUCUUUUGUUUGCCUUUGUCAACUCUCUGUCACUGUGCAGGUGGAUACUGUGGGGUCAGAUAACUUCAUUGAGUGCGUGUGAGGGUGUUUAACUCCCCCAGGCUGCACAGCUGAGUGUGGGAGGGGCCAUCUCUUCAGCCUGGGUGUGAGUCGGCUGCUUUCAGAAACAGAGCAGUCUGACAAGGGAGGGUGCAAGCGCGAGUCUGUGAGGAGAAGCUUUCUCAACUUUUUACAAGCACCUGCGUUUCUCUUAAUUGGAUAUGCUGGCCGUGCUGCUCUUCUAUUUGGGAUCUAGCUUGGAGAUAUCUUACCACAGCUGUUGACUAUGCAAGGACGAGCUGGUAAAGCUCCAAAGAAGGAGCUGGUGAUUGAGAGUCCGCAGCAGUACAGGAGCUUGGCUGCAGCUGAGGCUGAGGUAGACUCAGUGCCACAGGUGGUGGUAAGUCGAUUACAGAUUUCUUAAAAAGGCAAAUGAGACUUUUGUUUGCUGGCUUCUCAAAGUGAGGUUUGUCCUGUGUACAGGGCUGUAAAGGUUAACCACAGUCAUUAAGUCUCAAAGCAGGUGUCAUGUGAGCGUCUGUGCAGGUCCUCUCUGCCAUCCCUUUCAUUUUACACAAUAUUGCAAACUCACGUUACAAAUUUACAAUGUAAGCACCAGCUUGAAGGAAUGUUGAACUUUACCAACACUUAACUACCUGGAGGGAAACAGGGCACAGUCUGAUCUUUAAAUGUGACCUUGGCUUGUAAACACUUUAUUUGGCUCAAAAGUCAACUCUGUAAUAACUUCCUAGUGCACCAUGAAGCUGUGUAAUGGCUGGAUCUCUGUCAGAGUCAUCUAAACAGUCGGUGGCAAAAGUGUCAGUAAGUAGAGAGGCACUACACAGCACCAUUGUUCAUUGCUGUGAGAGGGUGCAGUGAUGGGAGGAGUGGGUGCUGCAGCGAAACAGCUGCUGGAUCACAGUGGAGAGGGAGUGGAAGAGAUAGAUUCAUAUGUUUGUAUUUUAUGUUUUUUCCAGGAAUGACUGUAAACUUCAGUGGAAAAUGCAGCUCGUUUUGAAAUGUACUCUUCACUUAACAGUGUUUAUAGCAUAUCUGAGAAAUAUGAGACUACAGUGUAACAUCCUCAGUCUAUAAGUCAUAAACCUAACAAGUGUUUAAAACUGCUUCUUCCAAGAACUACUAAAGAGACAAUAAUUCAACAUAAAGUUUGGAUUGGUUUUUCAAAAAGUGGUCUACACUGUGGGAAUGACCGAGCUCUUACUUAUGUACAUACAUUUUCUCGCUCACUGCUGAGUGGACUGUGUGGUUGACCACCUUCGGCCACUGACAAAGCAGUGUGGGAGAGCCCAGAGGGGUUCGAAUGAAAACAAAAGUCAGCAACAAUAGAGUGGAGUUAGGAAUCUAACCUUUUAACAGUGGGGUCAAAACUUUGAGAAGUUUCAAGAGCAGAACUUCUUUAAAUGACAGGUGUACACUAUAAGAAAGGGUUUGUUAAUUUACUCCCCUCUCCUAGGACAUCAAUAUUUUUUGACAUUACAGCUGUGUGUGCGUGCCUUUCGAAAAGUGUCACUGUCUGGUGCAUGCAGGCUGGCCUGUGUGUAGAGAUGGACAGAUUAAAAGGUACCCAGGUUGCUCCAAACAAGACAAUGACUCAUACACACAUCUUAUCUCUUCUAUGUCUUAAUUCCUUCCUGACUUACCUGUCCUGCCUGCAGAUAUGUUUGCAGCAGUAGAUCUACAAAUUCCUCAUCAAAGGACACAGAAACACAGAAGCAGAAAAAUAAAACAGAGGUGUGUUUUACUCAGGGUUUGGUCAAGUUUGGGACAAAAUUUGGAUUAUUGUACGGUCUUUAUUUUCAGUUCAGUGUGAGUCCUAUCACUCUUGAUGCAUCCCAUACUUUACCUAAGGAUAUGUCCUGAUUACUCUCCUAUUAUUUUAACAUUUUGCUCCAGUUAGCUAAAGUCAGAAUUAGUAGAUCGUACAUCCCUCAGAUGUAUUUAACAUUAGUAUUUUACAGGUUUUAACAGUCUGUUUGUUUCAAAAGGAUGGCAUCCAAGGAAGAUGAUUCAGUUGAUGGUUUAAAACCUUUCCUACUAGAGGAGUAUCAACUAUGGACAAGCUGAGCACCAGUAAAUAAGCUAGGAGCUCCAACUGACUUGUGCAAAUUUUCAGUAUGAAUCUGAUUAGUUUAGUGAUGCAACCUGAUGUUUUGUUGUUGUUUUUUUCAAGAAUAUGUAGUCUAUCAGAAAAAAAUCACACAGAAAUCCUAACAACUAAACGACUAAAAACAAGAUGAGCACUGACAACUCUGCUGUCUCAGCUGUAUCUUCAUAGAGUGAUAGAGGUAACAUAUUUUUCGACACGAAGCUGCUUUCUCAAGUGUUUUUGAUAUUUUUGAUCACUUUGGUUUUGACAAGGAGGACACCUCUGACUACAGUUUGACUUUGCUGAGAAAUGAUGACCACCGGAAGAGCGUUUGAGACUGUUAAGUUUGCCACCUACCAUGCUACUGCUCCAGCUCUGUCUACAAUGACAGCUAGAAAAACAAAGUGCAGAGAGUCAGCUGACAAAUGUGAGGUCCUUUAGAUAAUUUAGACUACUACUGUAAGAGGGAAGCCACAGGAAGCUGUUUCUUGAAGUGUGACUUCACUGAACUUCUGUGAAAUAAUGUGAACUGAUAAUGUCAAAACCUUCUUAUGCUGGCAGACAGGUUGGCACCGUCUCCGCUCUGCUAUCCUUUCCUUGUCCUUGAAACUGAUACAAGGUCCUGCCCCCCUUCUGUCCACACUCGGAGCUGUGCUUUGUUAUUAACUAGGUUGCUAGCAACAUGUAUUUAAGCAGGUCGAUAUCCAUGACUCUCCCUCUGAGAUCAUGCUAGCAUUAUUGGCCCCAGAUGUGGCGUCAGCUUGCUGUCACUCAGCCUUGAAGUCUGCCGAUGCGUCACCAUUGGUUUUGUGCUCCGCCGUCUCUCUGGCUCUGAGAUUUAUCCUCCCGUCCCAUCAGCUGGAAGUGUUGACAGCUUGCUCUCAAUCUAAUGGCUACUGCGUCUUUGUGGUGUGUAAGCUCUCUCUAGGCUCUGUAACUGGAGUUUAGUGGGUCAACACUUCAACAUUGUGAAGACCCUACAGCAUGACUGACUUAAAUCUAUAAUCAUCUUUUGAUGACAUUUCCACAUCUGCUGAGGGGAGUCAGCUACAAUACAUCAUCUGACUCACUGGACGUUUCAGAGUGAUGGAGGUUUGUUUGUUUGUUUCAUGCUGUGGAGGAUAAUUGUGUUCUGUGAGGUGAUUAACACUGUAGUGAGUUAUAUUUCUUUUCUAGUUGCCUUGACUUAGAUGUCAUGCAUUACUGCUCCCACAGAGGGAUAAGCUCAUCAAGACCCUCCCCACUGCCGAGGCUGAUGUAUUUUCUGUAGGCAGAUGGAGCUCUGAUAGACUUAGUUCAGUGUAACUAACAGAUAGCAUGUCUUGGUGAAGCCCGAUGUAGUGUAAGAGUAGAUCUAUCAAACUCUGUAUAGAAGCCUGUCCUGUCUAUGCAUAGUAACAUCCCUGCUCAUGUGCACUGUGUUAUGCUUUAUCAAGUGGAUUUGGCUUUGAAAGAGCCUCAACUAACCAGAUUAUCACACAACUGCAGUAUAUAAAUCAUGUCAGAAUAAUUAGUAUCAAGUGGUACAAGCACUAAUACUAGUUUAUGCUCUCUUUUCGUAUCAUAGAUAUAUCAAAUGUGCAUCUUGUUUGCAGGCUAUAAGUAUCUUACUUAAAGCUCCUGUGAGGAACUUUUAGGUGGUAUCAAUUUGUCGCCGCCUGUGGACAAAGCAGUCUUCGCUCAUCUUGUUCUUUACAUACUUAAACAGUGUCUUCUGACAUAAAAAAAUAAAAUAAAAUCCUGCUGACUUCUGACAGCCAAAUGUAUCAUUUAAUGUGAAUAUUUGAUGAUGUGUAAAUGAUAAAAACAGGGCUUUUCUUUAGCUGCAUGGCCAACACCUACCCCCCUAGUACUGGUAUCAGGCAUUAAAAAUGAUGACUUUACAAACAUCGUAUCUCUAAUAGUUUUGGUUGGUUUUGGUUAUCAUAAAAAGGCAUUUAUAUGACUUUCAGUCUGUUUCUUAGAUGCCAGUUAACUCUUCCUCUCCUAGCUGAAUGGUGAGGUCACAGUGAUCUGGUUGAUUUUACGUGAUUCUUGCGCAGGGACUUGCAUUUUUUAAAGAGGGGGUAUCAUGCUAUUUUUUUUUCAGACUCCAUACUUCCUCUCUGAUUCCUCUUUAUCAGCUUUACAUCAUUUUCAGUUUUAAAAAAGCCUCGAAUUUCUCACAGUGAUGGAUUAAAAUAUCAUUACUUCAGCCUCCGUUUGAAACGCUUUGUUUUAGCUGCUGUCUCUUUAAGGCCUCCCACGAGCUUACUGUCUUCCAAUUGGCCACCUCUUCGGAGGUCUGCAAAGGACAGAACUCAUUAUUUUGGCCCCGCCCCCUCUAUUGUGGUCAGUCAGUAAAGGGUGUCACUUAACAUGGUGUUAGAGGCAGGCACAGAUGAACUAUGAAGAAGAGCCUAUUGCUAUGACGUCAUGAGUUAGUGAGUCUCAUUGAGAUACCGUGAUCUCCCAAUGAACCGUUUUGAGCAGUUUACAUCUAUUUGUUGGAUUAUUACAAAAUAUGUUCACCUCAUGAUUUGAAAAUUUGCAUAUGAACGCCAAACAUUGUUAUUAGCAUUUUCUGUUGUAAAUAUGGAAAAACAUUUAAGCCCCCCACUCCCCCUCAAGUGCUAAACACCAGGGACCAGACUAAUGUUGGAGUUACCAGUAUCUCUGAUCUUACACUUAAUGUCCCCCUAAGACUAUGCUCUGUCUCUAUUUUCCAGGUGAAACCAAAGGUAAUCGAGCCGCUGGACUAUGAAAAUGUGCUGGUGCAGAGGAAGACGCAGAUCCUCAGUGAUGUCCUCCGAGAAAUGCUGCAGUUCCCCCUCGAGGACUUUGAGGUGAGUUAAGCAGCUGUUUCAUGCAUGUUUGGUAGACAAAAUACACCACAUUAAGCACUUAGAAAAACAGUUCAGAAGCGAUUCUGUGGUAAGGCUGGCUGACAGGCUUGUAGCUGGGGUUUAAAAGGUGUGGAGUAAUGAUGCACAAGCUUAGGGAGGUGUCUCUGUCAGAUUAAGGGCUCGUUUUCUAAAAGUAAGGCACUCUGGGUAAUUUAUUCCUGGUUUAACGGCGUUUCUAUGGAUGGAAAAAUCUCUCAGCUUGUUUGUUUACACCAUCACUCAUUAACUCAUUUGAGGAUUUUCUCCGUAUAAGGACGUAACAUUUUUUCCCUCCAACAUUAUUACUUCCCCACCCACUAGCGUGUUGUAUUUGUUGUCUUUCCCCUGGUCAGGGUGUGGCCGGUGUUGUGAGUACUGGGUGGGGUCGUUCACACGGGCUCUCUUUCUGUUUACAUCCCUCCAUGCUAGAACGAGUGAGAGGUCAGGGGCCAUCUGUUGAAUUGGCUCAUUCUGCCUCCAGUGUUGUGACAGAGCAAGUGUUAUCUGCAGCCACAUUGUACCGGACGUACGCUCCCUCACACGUUUCCACGCUUAGGAUGGAAAAUCUAAAGUGGAAAUCUGGCUCCGUGCUGGUACUUCAGGAAAUGAGACUUCUUUGAAAGAUGUUCCUACCAGCAGAAGCGACGAGACAUAUAGUAUAUCAUCACAUCUGACACUGUCACUCUGUCUCACGGUCCAGUGGAAAUUUUAUAGAGUCUGGACUUUUAUUGUUAUAGCCCCUGGGGCAGCGAGACCCAGUAUUUCUCACAGUGAUGACUUUAACAUCUUUUGUCUGAACGCUUACAUUAGAGAUUAUGACAGUGUGAAUACGAAUAAUUAUUCUGAUUUAUAAUCUGUAACUAAUGUUGCAAAAAGUUGCUCUUUAUUAUUUUAUAGCUGUGUAAAGUGAUUUUUGAUGGUAUUUAAGAUGCUUCCUUCCCUUCCUGUACCUCAAUCCUUAAAUCUGGAGCAGCUCUCCAUGUCACUGUGAUUGAUUUUCCUGAAAAGAAACUGAGGACAUGCAGUGAUCCACAAGGCCUUAAGCUAAAGUCAUUUUGUUAAGGAAGAUAAAUUCUGUGCGGCAUCAUUAUGGUCUUUCAUUUCAAAAUAAGCUGUUUAAUUCAGCCAUCCUGCAGUCAGAGAGUUUUAAUCUUGACUGCAACAUCCUUUUCAUCGACUAGAGCAUGGAGCCGCCGCCCCUAUUCCUUACCACCAAGACCUGUUACCCCACUUUUUUCUAAAAAAGAAAAGAAACAACAGACAAGAGUUUUUAGAAAUAGAACGGAUAUCCAUACCUGUUUCUAUCAAGGACCCUGUUCCAGAUUUGUCAAAGCUCAAGAUCUAUGACUUUUGAGCUUAUUCAGUCUGCUAUUGAGUCUCCUCAAUAGGUCCUAUGAUGCAACAUCAAGUCAUUCCAGAUCAUCCAAAUGAAACCAGCAGUGUGUACGCUUAAAGUGAUUAUUGGAUUAAAUUCCCAUCUGAAAGUUUUUAAACAACAAGAAGAAGAAUUUUAGUGUUAGUUGUUUGCGGGACCAGCAUAGCAUGCAAAAAGCUCUUAAGUUUGGCAACAUUUCACUUUGAAAAAAAUAGGAAGAUACAGCAAAAUAAUUUUACAUGGAGAAAACACAAACACCAUAAUCAGGUGCUUCAAAUGAAAACAAACUGAAGUACCUUGGUCUGUCAGGGAUUAAAAAAUUCAGUUCCAACUACUUCUGCAGCCACCCUCUCCUCCAGCGGUUGUCACGCCCAAAUAAUAAUCCAGUGUUGGAAUCCAUUUUGAAAUCAGCAGGAUAAAAGCUAGUUAGCCAACUUAUUGAGGUGAUGUAAGGUUAUAAUAUGAUGUGUUCAGGGGAGGAUAGAAAACAGAAAUAGUACUUCCAGUUUUGUUAAAAUGUAUUUUUAUCUCAACUAACUUCCAAAUAAUAGACUUGAUAGUGGAUUUAAAAACUUAACAAACUGGAAUUUGUAGUUACCUGUAAAUCAGCAUCCAGAUAGUUACCACAGUUUUUUGCGUUUUCAAAUCAUUCUGUCUUCUCCAAUGCACAACCAUGAAACUCUGCAGGUUCUCUCUGUGAUUCUGGCUUCAUUUUAUUUCACAAUAACUUGGCUGUCUUGUUUCUUGAGAACAGACCUGACAUAAACCUUUUCUCUAUUAGUGAUGAGAGUAAAAGCAGAGCCUGGCAAACAUUUGUUUCCAACCUGGACUUUUAAACCCAGCUACAUUGUUGGUUUAAUAUGAAAUGUGUAUUUUUAAAUCCAAGAUUCCACAAAUAAUUUCCUGCUACUGUCAUAUGCAAACUCUGGUAAAUAAACAAAAGGUAAAAAUAAGUUCUUUUGUACUCUUGGUUUGGCUUUGGACAAAGUCCCAAGCUUUUACAGACUACAGAGGCCUGGCAGCUGGAUGGCAGAGCCUUGACUUUGUCUUCUGUUGGGUCACACUCCUCCAGCCUGCUGCCAUGACCAGAGCCCACCAGCUCCACACACAAACAGUGUGUUGUCAGGGGCUGACAGGUGAUUCAAAGUGAAAAAAAACACUGAUUGAACCCAACAUCUGUUCUGACUUCCCAAGACUCUUGUUCAAGUGGAGUUUAAUCUGCUCUUGUGUCAAGGCUCUCCCAGUGUUAUUUGUGUCAUAAGGAAACCUUAAAAUUCACAGAGACAGGGCUGAGCACACAGAGCUUUUGAGGGGAGAAAACAAGACCAGGACAGGCUGAAGGAGCUCCUGUGUAUGUGUAUGUUUUGUUAUUUUUAUAUAAAAGUUUCUGGCUGGUCACAAGGAAGAGAAACAAGUACCAGGUGGCUUUUGUAUCUUAUCCUCAACUGGCAAAUCCAAAAUCAUGUGAUGGUACUGAUCUUUUCAGAGACAGUGUUUAUAUCAUCUCCAUCUGGUUUUCAUCUCAGAGAGUUGGCAUGAGGGAGCUCUGUGCGGGUCUCCCUUAAAGGUUUCAAGAAAAAUUUGUAGAGGAUUACCAGGAGGAGGCCCUUCCUUCCCUUCUCUCAAUACAAUGUGUACUCUAUGUCUAGACAUAGACUGCGCUCCAGCUGAAAACCUCAAAAUCUGAACAAUGAUUAUAUUCUCAGCUUCAAUCAAUUAGCAGAAACAACUAAUAAUGCAUGUCUGAGCUACUGCCAGGAAAAUACCAGGAAAGACCCCUUAAAUUCAAGUGUAAGUUUGGUAUCAAAUACUGGUCAGCAUGCUUAUUCUGUUCAUGAUUCCCACACAAAAGAUGUAUUUGUUCAAAUGAGGAUGAAAAUUUUGAAAUAAAGAGUCACAGAAACAAUUUGUACCACUGCAGAACUAUAGAUGGUCCAGAGUUUAGCUCCAUACUAAAAUGUCUCUUAACCCUCCCAAGAGGUUGCCAUCAUUUAAGGGAGUUCAUAUCACAUCAGAACCUCUCAGAGCUGCUGGAAUAACAUUUGCUGCUGUAUUUAUUAUUUGAAAGAGAUGAAAUAUUUUGCUCAGAAAUCUUUGUUCUGUUAGUUUUUCAGCAAACACUUUAUUCGUCUUUAACUUAGCUGCGGAUUUUAUGCACUUGAUGAUGUUGACAGGAUUGUGUCCGUAGUCUGCAAAAACAGAUGCAUCUCACUUUGUUAGGGUUGAGCUAAGGAAGAAGAUGAUGAUUUCUGGUUAAGGUGUUAAUGGAGUCUCGCUAAAUCAGGGCAUAUUUCACCCCAAAAAAUCGAGGUUAUCCCUGGUGUCUCGUGGCCCAAUUAAAUGUUUCCUGCUGCUCAUUUCCCAGCUCCCUCUCACCUCCAUGCCUGUUUAUUUCUGCUGCCGGGGGUGCAAAGAUUGUCAUCUCGCCUGCAGGAAACUUGGCUAGCAAAGAGGAAGCGGAGCUUUCAGGUUAACAAAUACGAGAUCGCGAAGGAAUUUCUCGUUUACACGACCAGCUUUCAGUAAAAUGCAAGGUCACUGAGAGGAAGAGUGAGACAUAAAGGACAGAUGGCAGUUUUACGAUGUUGACUAGUCGUCAUUUUUGAUUUGGAAAAAAACUAGCCUGCAGUGAUGAUUUGCUUUGUCAACUUUUGUUUUUUUUAAUUUUAGAAAAAUAUUUCAUUUGAAUAUCACUGGAAAAAACUGAACCAAAAAUAAAAAUAUAAUUCUCAUCAAAUUGAACUGUUUGCUUUUGUAGUUUCAGGAUGGAAUAGAAAUCAGAUUUCACUCACAUUUCGUGGUCAAAAUCACUGAAAUCUGAUUUGGCCUUAAGUAAGUUGUUUUUUUAACCAAAGACGAAGAACUUAUUUGAUCUCAUUACACUUUCAAUGUGCAUGAAAAUCUAACCUUCCAUCACAUCCCCACAUAGGAAAUGUGGUUUCCUCACACUCGCAGCUGAAGAGCGUUCCACUUUCACAAAACCAACUUUCACUUACUUCCAUUGAGCUCAGUCAGCUGAACUGUUAUCACUUAAUGGUUGUAUUUAUACUUUACUUAUGCUCUCAGGGAUUAAUAUUAUGUGCACUUUAUUUUUAAAUACCAGGACUAAUCCCCCUAACAAGAUCUAAUGGUGUUUCUUUUGUUGUUACACUAAGCAUCAAGCUCUGUGCAAGUUGGACAAAGGCCCACGUGACAAAAACUUAUUUUUAGGUCAUCUCAAAAUACAAAUUUUAGUUGGUGAAUAAUAUAUGUUUUAUUUUUAAUACCUCUUUAAACAUUGCCAUAAUUUUAAAAUAUUUGCAAGGACUUUAAUACUGGUACAUCAUCUUAUAAAAAGAAACACAACUUUGUUGCAAUAGUGAAGGAGGCUUCUAGAAUGUUGGAUUCUGGAAUGUUGGGGGGCUUAAAGAGACAGUGACUAAAAUGAGAGUUUUCAGCAGCCUGAAAUAUGUCAAGAAUUUGCUGAACUCUAAAUCAUGUUAAGCUGCUCAGAAGCUCUUAGAAGGAUGAUAUAAUGACAGAAACCAAGAAUAAUACCCUCUUUAACAAGUAAUAGUUGUAACACUGUUAGCAUGUUAAAAAUUUAAACAGAGAAUCUAAAAUUAAGUCAAAUUCACAUCAAACUAAAGCUUUUCUUUGUGCUAAUGGUUCUUCGUGACUAACAUUAGCAUGCUAAAAAGCCAAAUACUGAUAGAGCGCAUGCUAAGCAGUAAACAUACCCGAAACUGGCUUGCUAUUCUUAUUACUUCAUCAUUUUAGCAUGCUAACACUAGCCUUAAUCUCUACAGCUGAGCAGCUAGCAUGGUCGUGGACACUUUGCCUUGCAUAAACAUGUUAAAAAAUAAAAGCUUUAUUUUUUUUUUCCUGUUUGGCUAAAACUCAGUGAACCUGUUGCUCAUUAGAAAAAAGGUUUUAAUGAAGCAUUAGAGAGGCUGCACAACAGUGGCACAGAGCCAGACUCAGGGUGUGUCUGUGGGCCCUGGAGCUGAACAGGAACCAGCAUCCUGCCUCCUUCACUUACUGCCUCCUUUAGCCUGCAGAAAGACAUCACACCGAACAGUCUUAAACACAGAAUGAUAUUUCAAAGAUCUCUGCAAACACUGUCCAGCUGAAACCAUAAAACAAUGAAACGGAGCUAUGUCUCCCACAUUUUGUUUCAUUUUCAUUUUGACAGGGUUUUUGUGUUUAUUCUGAUCCUUUUGGCGAAUAAACUUCUGCUUUGUUUUUCCAGAUUUCUACUUUGAGGCGGCAGGGGAGGACGCUCCACUCCACAGUGCCUGAAAAUGCAGAGAGGGAGGCCCAGAGUCUGUUUGUCCAGGAGGUGAGCUCAUUCAGUGCCCUGAAAACAGCCUCUCUUAAUCAUUUUCUUUAGAUGACACAGUUUAGUUAAAGAUUUAAAUUUUGUCUGUACACGUUUUUGUCCCACUUUUCCUUACUGAAUUAAGCUGAAUUAGUGUGGGAAUUGAACUGUUUGUUUUUAAGAGUCUGGAAAUGAAAAACUGCAGAUUAAGUCCAGCUAGGGAAUCAUCCUGCACUUAAAGUUCACUAUAGGUGUCAUGAUGGGCAAAAGACAAAUUAAAAAGUCCCACAGGCAGUGCAAACUUUGGCUAAUAAUAUUAGGAUUACGCAGGUAACGUUUGUCUCCUGUACAUAAACCACAUGGACCCACUGCUGCAGAAAAGUGGCAUUAAUGUAACUCAUUAUCCCAUUUGAGGGCUUAUAUAAGCUGCAAAGUACACAGCACCUCACAGAAGAUCAGGAAACCUCUUUAUUUUAUAGGCCAGGCUAAUUGUAACAUUUAUUUUACUUUCAGGAGCCUCUGCAGCAUAAACGGUAUCAGGGCUCAUUACAGAUAAUUACUGGAGGCAGCCUGACUAUUUAGAACAAAUUUCCUUGGUUUUAUCUGCGUAUGCCCAGGGAAGUAGGAAUGAUAAAGUGCAAUUAAUUUGUACUCUUUAUAGGUUUAUCAAAGUUCUGGUUAUUUUCUGUCAGUGUCGGUUUAUAUUCUGUGUUCAGCCCUGAAUAUAUCUGUCAACCAAAGGUCAGGUUUUGGUUUGUUUUAAUUGAGACUGGCUGCAGUUGAAGUCUGUUUCAGUUCAAAUCCUAUUGGUGCUGAUAAAGUUGUGAAUUAUGGCAACAAGUGGAGAAACAAAUUCUCUCCAAGCCUUCACCAUCCAGCCUCGUACACUGCUCUUACUGUUUUUUUUUUUAAGCCAGACACCAACUGGAUGCCUAAAGUUCACACUCCAAGGUCAAAGUUCAGCGUUCAGGGAGCCUUGUCAGAAGUCAAAAAGGAAGGAAAAUUCCUAGUUAAGUGUAGUUUGACAUCACCAGGACAGCUGUGCGGAUGAACACAGCAGGAGCCUCUCUAUUUCCGAUUGCUCUCCUGAUCAGGUUGCAUCUCGUCUCCCCCACAGAAGAGUUUCUUGUAAAUGGCACGUAUCUUUAGAGAAGAGAUACCAGCACACAGACUCUAACAAUGAACAGAUGUCAUGUUUCCAAGCAGAGGAGAUACAGAAACACUCCCUUUUAGAUUGUACUGGUGGGUGUUUGGACUGAGGUAGAGAGUGAACACUCACCAUUCACUCCUUUUUUUCCAAGAACAUCACUGCAUGUGGGCUUAAAUUGAGGCUCAAAACAACCGUUGUUUGGUGAUUCAUGAAACAACUGUAUCAUUUUGUGUUAAUCAUCAGGACAAUUCAACACUUUCAUUUUUACUCCUGUGGAUUUGGUUUCAUUUCUGAUUUUUUGACUCAAACUGAAAUUAAAAGGAAGAAAGGCUGUAAAAACCCUCUUUUCUUUCCCACUUGAUAGUAUUGAUUGGCGGUAUUGAGUCAGAGAACAGUUUUCUACCCUGAUUUCUUUUGCCCUGACUUAUCCCUUCACUUCUUAAUUAAUCACUCACUGAAUCUAUUGGAAAAUGGAUGUUUACAUUCCCUCUCCAUCACCAGAAUACAUCUGAGUUUAUCCAUUCACAAAACAUGCAUUCCCCAAGCAAACAAAACUUCUACAAGUCUCCAAACAUUGGACUUGUUAACACGUUACUGUAACAUAUGGUGUCUCUAUCCUGGUUUUGCUUUUUUAAAUUUUUGACUUGAAUGAUUCAGCUUCAGCUCAUAUAACAGAAGCUGUUUUUUAAGUUAAGUCUACAGCAGGUUGUAUUCAUUCACUAUAUUUGCAGACUGUGUCUCUACUGUGUACAAUAGUGAAGGUAAAAGCUACCUUCACUCGGCAGCUGGUCAGUAGCUCUAAAUCAUUUGGCUUCACUUUUGCUGCACGUUUGUUUGGAAUAAAGCUAAAUGGAAAGAAAAGAGCAGAUAUCUAUACUCUUCUUCAUUCUUGAUUGUUGUUAUUUGUUUCUAUAGGAAGUUUGGCAGUGUUUUGUUAACCUGAUGCUAAAUCAGUGGAAGUUUGUUUGGUUUUAUCCAAGGUGAUAAUGAAACCUGCCCCCUCCCUCCCUGACAUGAGAAUUUAGGGCACAUCUUCAACAUUAAAAUAUUUAAGAUAUUAUAAAAUGGUGAACUCAUUAUUGAUAGCUUCUAAAACAAUAAAUGUUUUGAGAAAAUACAGUUUUACAGUAUUCACCUUUUUAACAAGAAUGGCACCACAUCCCUGUUUAUCAACUACAAGCACCUAGAAAUCCAGUCACAGCAUUUAAGGGUUACUUCUUGCCAUUUAUAAGUUGUAACAGUCAUCUAAAAUGUGUUUCCAUUCUCUUUUCAGUGCAUUAAGACCUAUAAGUCCGACUGGCAUGUUGUCAACUACAAGUAUGAAGACUAUUCUGGAGACUUUCGACAGCUACCAAAGUAAGUGUUGUGAAAAACCUCUACACUACUAUUGACGGUGGUAAUAUGGUGGUGUGCCAACACGUUCUUAUUAUGGGCAAGUAAGAACAAAUACUGCAGUGACUGUUACACAUAAUAUAUGGAUGCCAGAGGUUUUAAACUGAGCAACAAACAGCCAAACCCCUUUUUUUGUGUGUUUUUGUGUCAACUAGACAAACUGUCACCAAUAGUUUCCUGCUCGUGGCUGAAUGUUGUUCUGAGUCAAUUACAAGGAAAAACUGCGCACAAAUAAUUCUUAUUUUCACACAACAAAAGAGCGUUUCCUUUGAUGACGUUCUUGUAAUUCCCAACUGCAGCCAGAGUGGAAACCACCCCCAUUGUCCGCACAUUGUGUCAUGAGCGCCAUCCUCUUCCCUGAAGAGUGUCUGUUUUACGGCCAGUCUGCUGGAAUAUGAGCUGACAAUGACCUUGAUUUAGUCAGUGCUGCCAAAUACCCUUGUGGUUUUACUGAAACUGGGGAAGUUAAAACAAUACACUGAGACAGGGGUCGCAUGUCAAAAACCUCACAGUAUCCUCAUCCUGAAUCUCACCUUUGGCUGGUGUUCAUUUUUCCAACAGGCAGUUUGAACCUUUUACACGUUUCCUCAAAACUCACUUAAGUGCUGCUUUGAAAAAGUCCUGGAAGUUAAAUCUGUCAUGAUGAAGCUUUUAAAGACUCUCAGCAGACACCUGGCACCAUAUAAAGUUACCCUUUUCAUAAACAAAAGGACAAAUAAUAAUUCGGUUUCACCGUUUUAGAUCUCAAACAUUUGAUGUAAUUGUAUGCUGAACUUAAAAACGAGUAAGAGCGUUGAAGCAGUCAAAAAUAUCCCCUAAAAUGCAUCAAAGCUUAAGUAACCAUCCUGUUUUGUACACGAGGAGUGAAAUGUUCAGAUUUUUAUGUGAAAAUAAAGGGACUAUAUGUAAAAAGUUGUCAGAAAAUAGAUACUUAAGAAAGACAGAAACCUGAUAAUAAAGUAUUUCUACUGUUAUCUCCAUCUUUGAUAUCAAGAUAAUAUUUUCAUCUUCAUGUCAAGCUCCUUCAACUUUCACUCUGUGUCAAGUUUGGUUAAAAUCUUGACUUGUCCAUAUUUCCUUUAGUAUUUUAAUUUUUCCUGUCGUGUUUAAGAGACUCUUGUAGAGAUGAAAUUCUGAGGAAAAAGUCCAGAAAAGCUGCUUUUGCAGCUGACAGUUAAAGGUACUAUAAGGAGUUUUGAACUGGUUUAGAAACAGACUGAAACUGACACCAAUACCUCUUUAUGAGCUUUAGAGGAAACAAAACUGUCAGAACAGAGCUGAUUGACUUCCUGUUGUAAUUUUCAAUGCUUGAAAUCGAUGUAAAGGGGUAUGUGUCCGAUCGGAUGAUUGACAGCAGGCUGAAGAGACCGCUUUUUACUGUUUUCCUUUGCAGUUAUUCUCAGUCAAGGGACACAUUUCAUUGUUAAAAGACCACAGAAACACUGUUCUGUAUUGUUCUUUCACAAGUACAGAACAGAAGAAAAGAGGUUUCAUUGGCAGCAGGAGGCGCUAAAAUCAACACGAAUCAAAAGUUCCUCACAGCAGCUUUAAUCUCUGCCUGACUACUACCCUGCGACAACACUUUUGAAGCAGUCGGACAUGUCACCUAUGGUCUGAUUUGCUUUUAUAGGCUGUAAAGAGGUAUCACUAUUAAUUCUAGUCUGUUUUAUUACCAGUAAAGAAAACUCCUCACUGGAGCUUUAACAUGCCAAGUAAUAUAAAUCUGCAGAAAGACAGAGAAAUCUGUCAAAUACCUGAGUUAUACCUGGUACACUGUUGUGUUUUUUAUUGUAUUAUAUACUAAAGACGUUGUUUAAUGUGAACCAAAUCUGUUGCAGCAAAGUGUCCCGGCCUGAUAAACUGGCUGUCCAUGUGUUUGAAGUGGACGAGGAUGUUGACAAAGAUGAGGUGAGUCAAUGCUUUAAUGAUUUAGCUUUAUAAUACUAAUAUAAUACUAGAGUAUACAGUAUAUGCAGCCUUUAUUGCAAACCCUCAUUUUGAUCUAAUUUCAGUCAUAUUUUCUAGCCUUCCUGUUUUCACCACAGCAGUUCAAAAGAUAAUAGUAUUUUAUGUGUCCAAUAGCAGAAAUUAAAGGAAAGCAUUAAGUGUAAUUAGAUUUAAUGAUUUUACUCGCACACCAUGUCGUAAAAACAAUCAGAGGAAAAUUGUUUCAUCCUAUUAUAACUCAUGUGUGACUGAGUGGGUGUGUGUUUUAUUUUUGCUCAGGGUGUUUGUUGUUUUUGGAAAGCCUUGUGUAGUUGGAGUGCACAACAAAGAGGCUCAUAAGUCAGCUGACACACACUCAUGUUUGACAAUACAAAGCUGCAGCCGAGGCGUUAUUUUACUCAAGAUGAGGUCAAGCUGCUUUAAAAGAUGUAUGAUGACCCUGACCUUUUUUUCCUAAAGAUGCAUCAAACUACGCCCCCUAAAGGUGACAAAAUGCCCCUCAGUUUUGGCUGAAAAAGAAACACCCUGAAGUACCCUUUAAGUGGAUGUUAGCAGUGAUUGAGGAGAGCUAUUUCAAAUGUUUAAUCCUCCUGUUUUUCUCCAAUAGGGAGGAUGCUUAUACAGAUGAAAAUAAAAAAAGAUUUGAGCUCCUUCUCAGAAAUCCCCAAAAUAAAUCAUGUUUCUUCGUUGUGUGCUUUGGACCAUGUUUGUUGUGCAGUUUCGUUUAUCUCCUCCUUGCCCUGCUAUAGCUUAGUUUGUGAUUUGCAGUUUAUUUUCUUGUCCUUGACCAGGUUUUCUGGAGAAAAAUUACACUUAAACAUCAACCGUAGAAAACUGUCUAGACAGUGAUGAGGAGAAACAGGCACCAAACUUUUCCAGAUGCUCUCCACAUCACUCCAGAAAGCGCCAUUAAAAAAAAUCAUGAAUCCUGCCAACACUUCUAAAAUCCCCUUUUUGCUUUAUUAGACUGAGAGACGAAGAAAUCGAGUCGGAUCAUAACGAUGACAUCUUGAAAGGCCAUUCAAUCUUCUUAUUGUGAGAAUGGGAUUGGGAUCCUCACUGUAGUCUUUCAAAGUGAAGAGUGUUAAGUGCAGAUGACACAUCUUUUGUUCAUACAGGCCUGAUUUAAACCAGGACAGGGCGGUGCACUUUGUCUACAUCUCUUCUUCUCUCCUAAUUGGUUUAUUUUACCAGAUCAUGCAAGCCGUGGGAUCACGCUAGCUUUGUGUUUAGCGGUAUAUGAAGGCUACAAGGUCAAGCUGGUAAACACAGCGUGAGUGUGAGGCGUUCGGGUCUGUGUGUCACGGAUCUGCAGUGAAAAUACCGUUAUUUAUUUGGUUUGACAGUCGUAGUUUGUUUAAUGUUCUUCUGCCUGCUUGUUUGGAUGGAGACAGACUCACUUCACGUUGGGCUCUGUGGCGUCUCAGAGAAGAGCAUCAAAGGUUUCUCUGCACAGUGAGGCAGAGCUGGGGCCAUGAGUGUUUGAAAGCAUUAUAGAUGGGAUGACCCCCAACAAAAAUAUACAAAGUCAGGCUUGCAGAGUCUGCUCAAAACAAAAUCUAAUCACUUCUUAUACAGUUUGGGGUAAUUUUCCAUUUAACUCAUAUGAAACAAAACAAAGUCACACAUUUGGCACAUAAGUAUCUUCUAAUACUUUUUUUCUAUGCAUUGUGUUAUUCCCUGAUUUGCUGUAUCUUUAUUUUCCUGCAGGACACGGCCUCCUUAGGUUCACAGAAAGGCGGGAUCUCCAAACAUGGCUGGCUGUAUAAAGGAAACAUGAACAGUGCCAUCAGUGUCACCAUGAGGGUAAGACAGAAGUGAUGGCCACAUGAAAACAAAAAUGAUUUGUCGAUGAAUAAAUCAUGUCAUGGAGGGGAAAAUUAGAUAGCAGCUGUUUAAAGAAUCCCUACUCUUUAUAAGUAAAUGUGCCAAAUAAAUGCACCUCCAGUUGUUUACUUCUUUAAAAAGUGUCUUUUGAUUUCUAAUAACUGAAAGUUGAACGGUGUCAUUUCUUCUUCCUGUUGCAGUCAUUCAAAAGGAGAUAUUUCCAUCUAACACAGCUUGGCGAUGGAUCUUAUAACUUAAACUUCUAUAAGGAUGAGAAGAUCUCCAAAGAGCCAAAAGGAACUAUUUUCUUGGACUCCUGCAUGGGCGUGGUUCAGGUAUGCUCUAAAAUUCCCUCUCUGUCUCAGGUGCAAAGAUUUUCACAGCGAUAAAACUCUGAACAGACUUUACCUUCAUGUAUUUUUCUUGAGAUAUAUUUUCCAACAUGCAAGGAUCUAUACACUCUUCAAACAGCAAACUUUGAAUACAUAUUCUUUUAUCAGUGGUAGACCACAGUAUCACUUCGUCUUGCUUCUCUUCGUUUCCCUGAAACCUGAGCUCUCUCCUCUCCAGGGUCUCGCUUUACUGCUGACUCUGAGCUGGUGAAACAAGGUGAAUGCUGAGGUCUCACUUCUGUGCACUUUCCAUCAGCCUCACAAUCAAUGCCUCGUGCAAACAUCUGAAUGUAGGCCAAGACUAACUGCACCAUCAUCUGUCAUCCGUACAGAUGGAGAAAAAAAAAACAGAUUUCAUAGAUGAGAAACCCAGCUGGCGUUAAAGACAUCUUUAUUUGAGAACAAGGAGGCAGGUUCACUGUGCGGUUUUAUCAUUUGGAUGGUGGAAAGAGAUUCACGUGGUUUUUGAAUGCUUUGAGAUCCAUCACGGUUUUAUCAGUGCAGGUUUUGGUUUUCUUAAACCUCCACGCCACCCAGUAUUUCUCAACCACAGACCCUCACUCUGCUGCAUUCCUCUGUGGAGGGAGGAGAGUAAAGUCUGGUUCAGGCCCAGUUCAGUUCAGUCAAGAAAGAAACACCAUUUUCUGUGCCAUAGCGUACUUUUAAACUAAACACCACAAAAUAAAGAAAAAUGAAAGAGGCAUUAAGAAAGAUGAAUAUUUAUCUGUAAAUAAAACAGAUUAACCAAAAGAGAAACACACAUACCAAAACAAUCUAUGAUAAAUAUUCUAAUUGAUAAUUUUCCUCCUUGGGUUUUUGAACUCAUAGGCUAGUCUGGCUUUGAUGUUUCUACUCCUCAGUCAAUUAAUUUCUCAUGAUGAAUGUGGUCUCUGGCAGAUUCUAGAAUUUGUUUUGCAAGUCACUUUUAUUAAGUCUGUACAAGUCUUAUGUUGUUCUGAAAGUCAGUUUUAAUCAUCAGCACCACCUCAGUUCUCUAAGUGACUAACUGUAUGGCACAGUGUGUGUUUGUAGAUCAGCUACAUGUGGCACUAACACUGCAUCAGAAUAUGUCAUGCUACCGAUAUUCCACUACAUGUUUUUUAUUUCAAAAUGAAAAGCCCCCUAGUUGCAUUACAGUGUUUACUCCUCAUGCUGUUGAUGUAACAGCAUACGUUGUGACAUGCCAUUGGCCACUCUUAGUUCUUACUGUCACUUGUUUUAAAGCUCUUAUCAGGAACUUUUGGUUUGUGUUCAUUUUGGUGCACAACUGUUUUUCUGAUUUUGUUCUGUACAUGUGUAAAUAGUACUUUUUUUUCAAGGUUUUUAUUAUUUCAGAGGAAAAUAUAAAGGCUGGCUCUGCAGUGUGGCCUUUCUCACUUCAUUUGAUACCUACCCCAUGUCAGAAAUUUCAGACAAUGGAAAUAGCUGUAUAAAUGUAGUUAAUCUUUGCAUGUUUUUUAUAUUAUAGAUCAUAUAGAGGUCUCAGUGUGAAUCAUAACCAGCUUUUAGGAGCUUUAGGUUAAACUUUCUGAAAGAAGGAGAGGCUCUCCAUGUAUGAUGAUGAUAGCAGAUGGUCAGAAACUUUUCAUGUUACAGAUACUGUGCAAAACUUACACAAUUUUCAGUUGCGUUUCUCUUCUCUUCAUAUACUUAAACUAAUAGCAGAGGAUUUUCUUGCUCUGGUGGAUUUGCAAAGAUCCCGUGACUCGAAGUCCACCAGCAGAAACAGCUGUAAAAGUGGAAGUGCAGAUGUUGAACUGUGUGCCUGUAAUUGCAAGUGGAGUGACAUCACCCUGAGCCUGGAGCUGCUCCUGUGCUUUGUGGACGUGCCAACAUAUACUCCAACAUUCAAAGCAUUUUCACUUGGUAAUGAGGUGAACGGCAGUCCCUGUAGGUUAAUAAAGAACAGAAGGGGUAAAAACGUAACUUCAUUUUUGUGGUUUGAAGUUUAAUUUUUUUUUUAAUUAUUUUGUCUGGGUUGAAUUUGUGCAGCUAAAGAACUGACUCAUGACUCCAGUCCUCCCAUCCAUCCCAUGAUUAAGUCUAUUUAUCAAGACUCCAGUUUUGUUUCAGUGUUUUUUCAGCCUGUCUUCAGAUAAGUGAGUCUGCUGCCUCCCAAUCACUCCCACUCUGCUGUUACAACAUAGCAGGCAAGCUACAGCGACAACCACAGCAUAACAAUCCUCUGAAUGCAGACAAUAAUAAGAUGACUGUGUUUUUCCACUAAGUGAAUACAGCUUGUAAACUCUGUGAAAUUAGCAGGAUUGCUGCAUCAUGUGCUAAGCGUGGCUAAAUCGGCAGCAGUUUUAGGUUUUAAACACGCUCAGAGGCUAAAAUCGGACAGUGACAUCACUAUCCGUGGCUGUUUGGUGGUCGUAGUUUGGCUGCGUCACACGUUAGAAAGUUUGCACUGUGGUCCUGGCAGAUGAGGAGGCUUUGUCACACAGAUGGAAAUAUUCUCGUUGUACAUUCACUUUGACAGUGAAGGUUGAGUUUCUCAUCUCUUUCCAAAACAGUGACGCACGUUUUGGUGGAUUUUUGGAGCGUGAGGUGCUGUGUUUGGAACAGCGAAUAUUUACUUUGCAUACACAGAUGUGUUUUUGAACGAUCUAAGAGCAAAUUAAAGAAAGUGAAGGUGAGGGUGAAGUCAAGAAACCUGCGAUUUGGAUCAUAAAACUGAGAGUUUUCUGUCCUCUCAUGAGUUGGAUGUUUGUUUUGGAGUCAGAGAUUAAACAGACAUCUCCACCGUUGGAUAUUUGGUUUUAAAAUGUGUAAAACUAAACUUAGUUUAUCACUCAUCCAGUAUCAGAUGCCCAAACUCUGCUCCACAUCACAGUCUUUGUUCUGAACUUUUUGUUUUACACCCUUAAAUUGUGCAUUUUUCCAUUUCAUCAGGCUGCUUUGUUCAUGUUUUUUUAAUCUCAUGUCUUUCUUUCUCUCGUCUCCAUUUGCUUUGUGGUGGCAGAACAACAAAGUUCGACGGUUUGCUUUUGAGCUGAAGAUGCAGGAUAAGAGCACCUACCUGCUGGCUGCAGACAGCGAGACAGAGAUGGAGGAUUGGAUCAACACACUCAACAAGAUCUUACACAGCAGCUUUGAGAUCGCCAUGCAGGAGAAGAGGAACGGAGACAUCCAUGAUGGUGCGUGUCUCUUUCUGUCUGUCUGCGUGACUGUGGCGCCUGAAGGAACACAAACCUGAAGCUGCACUUUAUUUUGUGUCAGUCUUGUCCAAGUAUUAUCUCAUUUCUUAUUCAGAAUCGAUUUGGGGUUUUGGAGAUGGAAAAUCUUUUUUGUGCAGACUGAAAUCUGUUAGACAAAAGCUGCUUUUGUGUGGUUACAAGGCAGCUUCUGUUGUCUCUUUUCUGAUCAUGAAGGAGCGUUACCUGACAAAAAAAAUCUAAUUAUUUCAUGCUGCUUUCUCUUGAUAGUCAAACUUUUCACUUACUGUGAAGAUUUGCUGAGGGGAAAGUUAAUUUCCAAACGUUUCUUCAGCCCAAAGUUCCAAACUUUUCUACUCCCCUGUAAUGUGAGCAAUAAUAAUACUUAAUUCUGGCUUCUGAGGAAAAUUUUUAGACACUUUGGACUUAAAAGAUCAGUCGAAUGAUCGCUUAACAAGACUUCUUGGUAGUCUGCAGUUUUACAACCUUUGAUUAAUGUAGAUGGUUAUUGAAACUGAAACAGUGAUGUCCGAAAAUGUUACUGAGAUGAAAAAUGUCUCCAAUUAUUAAAUCCAAAACAACAACCAACCAUCCUGUUAAUCCGCUCCUAUUAUCAGAUUAUUUGUUCAGGGAUACCUUACCCACCCUGAGGAUGUUUUUUUUAAACUAGACACCAUUCAUUCAUGCCAACCUCCACUCACUCCUCAUAGUUCACUUCCUCCUGUAGUAAGGUAGUGCAGUCUGAAAGGAUGUGAUACCGGACCACCCAGACUUUUAAUACUCACCUCCUGUCCCACAGGAGGUUUAGCCAUGCAGGAAAGACGCUGAAUGCUUCUGCACAAAAACACUCCACUAAUCUCCCCUAACUCUUCAGACCUGAUUAAUCACACUCCGCAUGAGAGAAAAUACAACUCUGUUUGAGGAGAUCUGGGAGCUUUCUUUAAAACCUCAAUCUCCACUCUGACUGAUUUGUGUACACUUAAAAUGAGUGUUUAUCGCGCUUUUAUGCGUCAGUAAGAGAUUAAGAAAUUUUAUGGCAUGAAAGAGAAGUUUUGUUUGUGUUUUUAAGUCUUUCGCCACAUUUUAACGGCUGUCUUUUGUAUUUUCCUCCAGAUGAUGAUCUUGCAAAGUCAGACAGUUCCUCUGGCAGUCUGGACAGCUUUCAGGUAGGUCCUGCUUUCACAUUCGAGUGUUUGAACAUUAAAUCUCUGGACCUUAUUGAAUUUGUGAAAAAAAGCCUCCUCAGCAACAAAAAUGUGUCUUGGGUCGCUUCUUAUUUCUCUCUGAUUCAUCUGUUUUAUUCCUUUGAACUGAACAUUAACACAGACCUUUAGUCAUGUGAUAAACUGUAUUUUCCUCUACAUAUUUGGUCCUUUUAUAUUAUCAUUUAGGAUGUAUGCAAACUAGUAGACAACACACCAAACUCCAGGCUUUUAAACACAAGAAAAUAUGAAAAGGGAGGAAGCUGUAACCUGUACUGACAUCAGAACGAACACCUGCAUCAACAGUUUUCAGAUUUUUUAGUGAAUACACACGUUUCCAAAUGAUCUACUGACUGAUAAAGGCAGCGAAAUACAAUUUAUUUCUUGAAUUCAUCUUUUUUUUUUUUUACGCUGCGAAGUGGAAUGCAGUACUGGAGCCAUAUGUGCUGGGGAAAGUGCUGGGAACAGUUAACUGAGCAGGCUUGACAUGUAACAGUAAGCAGUGCUGAAAUAAAUGGUGGUACCACCUGCCUCUCAGCACUCAGCCUGUCCGUCCACUGGCCUGUAAAAUAUGAAGCUUGUUUCCAGAUGGAUGCAAAUCACACACAAAAAACUCUGCCUGUGGUGCGUUUACAUAUCGCGUCUUCUGUUUCAAAGAGUCGAUGAUAUCAUCAGUUCAGGAAAUGCUUUUUGUCUCCUCAGAGUGCGAGAGAUAUAGAGUCGAGGAUGAGGAACGAGACCAGGCUGAAGCUGUUCACUCUGGACCCAGACACACAGGUAAUAGAGUGUAAAACACAUUAACCUUCACUUAUUCCCGUGUGGAAAUAAGAUCUAAUCUAACACUCCUUAAUCAAAUAAAAACAUCCUCUAUUGUUCUGUCUUCAGAAACUUGACUUCUCAGGAAUCGAGCCGGAUGUGAAGCAGUUUGAGGAGAAGUUUGGUAAACGUGUUCUGGUGAACUGCAAUGACCUCUCAUUUAAUCUGCAAAGCUGUGUGGCUGAGAACGAGGAAGGACCAACAACAAACGUAAGGAUGAUCUCUUACACAAUCAACGCCAAAUAACAGAAAUGUCAUUACCCGGGUUAUGAAAGACGGAUGAGGAGCUUUAUUAGACAGGCCGGAUGAACUCUCCUCAUUAUUUGAGCCACUGAAUGACUCCUGUUGCUCGGCAACCAAACUCCAGGCUCAGUAAUGGUGAAGAAUCUGUAUAAUGGAUUUGGAUGUCCUGCUGUCCCUCGCAACAGAAAGUGUCUAUUAAAGUGUCAACAUGUCAAGACUUGGUCUCAACACUGAUCAGACACACACUCGCCUACACACUCACACACACUCUAGAAAAACUGAAGUAUGUUCAGCGAGCACCACCCUCUGUAAAUUGACUGGUAUAGCUCAGAGAGGGAAAUUCAACUUUUUUUUUUACUUCUCUUCCAGGUUGAGCCAUUUUAUGUCACGCUGUCACUGUUUGACAUUCAAAACGGCAGAAAGAUCUCCUCUGACUUCCAUGUGGACUUGAACCACCCGUCUGUACGGAGCAUGGUGACAAAAAACACCUGCCAGUACAUGAACGGGGGAGGGGACACCCAUCCUGAGGGGCAACGACAGGUUCAUGGGGUGCCUGAGGCAAACUUGCAGUAUCCAAAACUGGUAAGGAACAAAACAAACAAAAAAAAAACAGAACUGGAAGAGUGUUAUUUGCUCAGCCAGUCUUAUUGAAAAAAUGGACAAAAAUUCAUUUUUACAUGAUAUUAAAGGCAGCACAGGUAGCUUAGUGUUACUUUAGUGCAGUGGUUCUCAAUCCAGUCCUCAAGGCCCACUGUCCUGCAUGUUUUGGAUGUUUCCCUGCUCCAACACACCUGAUUCAAAUGAUCAGCUCGUUAUCAAGCUCUGUAAUGGCUUAAUAACGAGCUGAUCAUUUGAAUCAGGUGUGUUGGAGCAGGGAAACAUCCAAAACAUGCAGGACAGUGGACCUUGAUGACUGGACUUGAGAACCACUGCUUUAGUGCAUCCUCUGGAGAGCAUGAAUCACAAAUAAGAGCUCUUGAAACUUCAUCCAAUAGUUUGAAACUUUAAACCUGUACACCUCAAAGAUAUAUUCGGCAUAAUUAAUUUAGGGUCAAACACACCAUAACACCGAGUUAGACACCCCCUCGAGAGAUGAAUGUUGCCGACUGCUUGCUUCUCUAGUUAUACCAACUUUAGUAACGGCCGCACAAUAGCAAUACACAGUGGUCUAUGGAACCACACAAAAACCUCAACCAAAAAGCCACUCUAUAGCCACAAACAAUGCUCAGAACACCGCCUAACUUCAUCAACAGUACAUAUAGGGUCCCAGCCACAGAACUAGCCACAAAACAUCUUUUUAGCUUUGCCUGAUUUCUUUAGCAAAGAGACUAAACACAACUCACCUACUCUCUUCCAGCAGGGUGAUGCAGCUCAACGAAGAACAUUUAUGAUCAUUUCUUCAUGGAAAUGCAAUCAGACUGAGACGCUAAAGCAGAAGAACUACAGCGUUUGCGGUGCAAAAUGAUUGAUAUGACUAUUAUUACUUCAAGGAAAUGAUAAAGUAAUGAUCAUAAAUGUUCUUCCUUGAGCUGCGUCACCCCGCUGCAGUCAGAUUCGUCCAAGGUCUUCUUACAAACAAGCUGCUGCUGGAAGAGAGUGGGUGAGUUGUGUUUAGUCUCUUUGCUAAAGAAACUGGGCAAAGCUAAAAAGAUGUUUGGUGGCUAGUGCUAUGGCUGGGACCCUAUAUGUACUGUCGUUACUAAAGUUAGUAUAACUAGAGAAGCAAGCGGUCGGCAACAUUCAUCUCUCGAGGGGGUGUCUAAUUCGGUGUUAAGGUGUGUUUGACCCUAAGUUACUUUUACACCGGAAUAUCCCUUUAAGGUCAGCCCCUCAAAUUCUUAAGAAUAGUGAGAGAUGCAGGAGUCAUUAGGAUUCAUCCUCUGGAGAACAUGAUUGUACACAAUUUCUUUUACUCAGUCUGAUAGACAUUUUUACAUCCUUCUCUGUAACCUCCUUCUUUGUUUUUAUUACUAUUCAAACCUAUUAAGCAUUAAUAAAAUUCCAACAUUUUCAUGGUCUCCAUAGGGGGUCUUCUCAGUGACAUGCCCCCAUCCGGAUAUCUUCCUAGUGGCCCGAAUAGAGAAGGUGCUGCAGGGUGGAAUCAACCACUGUGCUGAGGCCUACAUGAAGAGCUCGGACUCUGCUAAGGUAUUGACCCACCCAUGAACUUUCCCCACUGUCCUCCUCACAGCCCAGCAGUGCGUUCCCCUGCUCUCAGCAGAUUCCUGGAGAUUAUUCCACAUUAUACACCGAUAAUCAUCCUUGUUUUUAAGUGCUGACCAGUUGCACAGGAGCAUUGACUUUGGCUGUACAAAUGUGGUUGUGCACCCUGCUGGGACCUGCGGUGGGCAGUAAUGUGAUUCAGAAAACACGUGAAGUAUGUUUUUUGUGUGUAUGUGCCAACAACACCGGGGAAAAAAAACUCAUUUUUAUGUAUGUUUUAGAGGGGCAUGCUAUCAAGACUUUUCCAUAUAUGUGUCUGUUAUAGGGACCAGCAGUAUGUUAAAUUUGUUACAGUACAGUAGAGCCUAAAAUAACGGGUAUGUCUAAAGUGAUGGAGCUCAAAUAACAUGUUUCUUUUUUUCCACCAGGUGGCACAGAAGGUCCUGAAAAAUGCAAAGUGGGCGUGCAGCCGGUUAGGCCAGUACAGGAUGCCUUUUGCCUGGGCAGCAAGGUACCUUAUCUGCUAAAAAAAAUAGCUUUUAUUCGUAAGUUUUGUCUUUUUAUUAACCUGUGUCAUCUUUAUUUGUACUUAACUUUAAGCACAUCCUAUAUAAAAACACACCAGCAGUAUAGCUUACAAUCUUUGAGUGAAGACACGCAAGAGAUUUGAAUCGAAAACCUUAAUGUUUCAUGAUAACUUCCUAGUAACCUUAUUUGUAUAUCUUUAUUAGUUAUUCACUUAGUAUGAACCAUUUUGACAGAAGAUGUCAUAGAUUUUUUUAACAAGGUUUUUGUCAGUUCUAACUUUUUUAACAUUUAAAUGAGGUGUAUAGUAGUGAAAAAUGACUGAACAAUGAGUUUCUUACUGGUCUCUUCUGGCUCUUGAACCCUCAUUGUUUCAUUUAUUUCAAACUCCUUAUUCACACAUUAUCUGCAAGACAAGAUUCAAGUUCCUGACUCUUUGAUUCUCUUCCCUCUUGCAGGCCUUUGUUCAAAGAUGCUUCAGGGACACUUGACAAAAGUGCUCGCUUCUCAGCUCUAUACAGACAGGACAGCAACAAGCUAUCCAAUGAGGAUAUGCUCAAACUGCUGGCUGAUUUCAGAAAGUAAGCAUUGCUUUCUAUAAUUGCUCUGAGUUUUAAACUGUCUGAGCGAUCUUGCAGAUGUUUAGGGAGUGAAAAUAUGUUCUCAUAGGUCAUACUUUGGUCAGUUAAAAAUAAGAUGUUUGCUCACGUCUAUGUAUAUGGUGUGGUGUUUAAACAGUAUAUCCCAGUCAUCCCCCUCCUCUCUGGUCUUUAAGAGAUGAUAGCAAAGGCUUAACUGGAGUUUAUUUUCCUUUCCUCAGGCCAGAGAAGAUGGCCAAGCUGCCUGUAAUCCUUGGAAACCUUGAUGUUACUAUCGACAAUGUAGCCCCAGACUUGACAAGUAAGGCCUCUAAAUCUGCUCCGUACAGCCGCGAUGAAAGCUCUCUCUGCUCUAAUCAGAUGGGUCCCUGUUGUCUGCAGGCUGUUUAUUUGCUCUCUCUCCCUCCUGCUCCUGUAUGCAGAUUGUGUUACCUCAUCCUACAUUCCUGUGAAACAGUUUGAUGUCAGUGAGAAGACCAAUGUCUUCUUUGAAGUGGAGGAGUUUGUGCCGUGUAUCGCCAAAUGUUCUCAGCCUUUCACCAUCUACAACAAUCACCUCUAUGUCUACCCGAAGCACUUGAAGUAUGACAGCCAAAAGUCUUUUGCAAAGGUAUCAAAGCUGAGCCAUUAUUGAAAGUUAUUUUGCAGAAAAUGUACACCUGGAGGGAGGGAUUAUGGGCACUUUUUACUUCUUUUGCAGUGAAGAUGUUUGAUUUCUGUCAUUUUGUGUGUUUUCAGGCUAGAAACAUAGCCGUUUGCAUUGAGUUCAAGGACUCUGACGAUGAAGAGGCUGUCCCACUGAAGGUAGAGUGAACUGAUUUCCUGGAAAGUUCUUCCAGGUCAUUGAAGGACACUUUUCUCCUGGUCCAGGAGACAUAAUUAUUGUUGCUUUCAAUCCACAGUGCAUCUACGGUCGACCUGGAGGAUCUUUGUUUACCAAAAAUGCCUUCGCUGCAGUAUUACAUCACCAGCACAACCCUGAGUUUUACGAUGAGGUAAAAUCAACUACAUCAGCUGUCAACAAAUCACAAAAUAAUGAGUUCAAUUCAUAUAUUGAAUUUAGCCAAUCAAUGACACAGCUUUUUUCUGUGCCUUCAGUUUAAGAUCGAGCUGCCAACUCAGCUUCAUGAAAAACAUCAUCUGCUCUUCACCUUCUACCACGUCAGCUGUGAGAGCAACAGCAAGGCCAGCACCAAAAAGAGAGACCUGGUCGAGACUCAAGGUUUCAAAGAGCAACAAUGAAUCGACUUUCCAGAUUCACAAUCACCUCAUUUCAAGAGUCUGUCUUCACUGAUUGUUUUACCUCCUGUCUCUCCUCCCUCAGUGGGUUUCGCCUGGCUCCCCCUGCUGAAAGACGGUCGGGUUACCAUGAAUGAGACUCAGGUCCCUGUGGCUGCUAACCUGCCGGCUGGAUACCUCAGCUGUCAGGAGGGUGCUGGCAAGGUAGAGAGGAUUUGCAGAGAUUUUAAGCUAAAAAUUCACAGCCCACAACAUAACAGAAGUGGAGAAAGAAGUAUAAUGUGAAAAACUGUGACUGGAAAAUAGUUACUGAGUGUUCAAGUGAAGGAUAAUACUUCUCUGUGUUACAGCAUUCGAGUCCUGAAAUCAAAUGGGUGGAUGGAGGCAAACCUUUAUUCAAGGUUUCCACUCACCUCGUGUCCACUGUCUAUACUCAGGUGAGUUUUUUCUGUGUAAAUGUCACACUUUAAAAUGAUGACUCCUUAUCACGAUUUUAUUUCAAAACCAGUUUCAUGGAUAAAUCCUCUUUGUGUCUCUCAUAGGAUCAACAUUUGCACAAUUUCUUUCAUCACUGUCAGAACAUUGCAUCUGCACCCCAGACACCAGGAGGAGAGCUGGUCAAAUACCUGAAGGUAAAACAUGAAAACAAGAGUAUAACAUGUACAAAUACAGACUCCAGUACUUAAACACAUGCCAUAAUGCUGUAACGCUGUGAAUUUAAAUUUGGUGGAAAAUUAGUAUGUACAUACUUUCUUGUUUUGCUCGAUACGGUUUCCAGACGAACCAGCUUGUAUUUCAGCUUAAUCAGGUUGUAUUUCCUCUGCAUAUUUGAGGAGAAACUUACAAGAUGGAGUAAGUAAUGACAUGCAGAAGACCUCAAACAGCUACAAUGUGUUUACUCAUCAGUUCAACUUUAAGCACAACUCUUGUGUCAGUAUUCUCAGCAGUUAUGCAUUAAAUCCACUCCUUGAACUGCAUGUAAAAAUAGAGAAAUGAGUCAUGAAAACCAAAACUGUCUUUUUUUUAAAUUAGGGUCUUAAUGUGUUUGAUUGUGCUGUGAAAAUGGGCAUUGAAAUAUAAACUUACUUACAAGUACAACUUCCCUGGUUUUUGUAUCCACCCUCCAGUGGACACUAUGGGUACUGCAGAAUUUUGCAGUCAUGCACUGGCCUCAUACAGUCUGCAUUUGAACAUUGACACAUUCAGCAUAGCUGAGGGCACAUGCGCUGUAAUCAUGCAUAAUCCACAGACUGAGAGAUACACUUUAACAGGAGGAUAUUUGAUCCUUUUAAGGGAAAAUAAGACAUGUUUUGUUUUCCCACUUUUGCUGCUCUGAAUCACUUUGCAAGAUGAUGCUCACUACAAAACUGCAAAAAAAUGAUCACACAAAGUUUUCUGUUCUUCUUCGAGGUUUUACACUCUAAAUUCUCAGUCACAGAUUGAUCAUGACUUUAAUCUAUUACUUUCUAUGUACAAAUUUAACAACAAAGACAAAGCCUGCAAUACUUAAUCUAUUACCUAAUACCCGCUAUGACUUUUUUCCCUUUUUUUACUGGUUCACUUGUAGCUCAGUUAUCACUUUUCCCAUCAUUCACUUCCUUAUUCCAGUCCAUGGGAGCCCUCGUUCUCACCUCCCCUCUGUGUUCAUUGGCAUGCACAGUGAUACAUCUCUUGAGUUCUAAUGUAAACACUGCGGUGGACACGAACAAUAGCCAGAGGGUCAAACAGCAGGUCAGCUGUGCUGGCUGGCUGGCGGCUCGCCAAAUGACUUGGCAAAGCUCGAGCCAGUUUCCUGCACACAGACAAUAAUGCACUGGGACUCACAAUUAUCCAUGUUCCAGGCAGCUGAAGCAGAAGGUGGAGGUGAUUAGAAAGAUGCUGCUCUCUCACGUCAUCUCCUGUUGUUGCCACUUCUUCACAUGUCAUUAAUAAUUUAAAACGAUUUAUUAUUGACUCCUUGUUUGCAUGAUAACAGAAUACAACCUUAAUUUUUUUAAACUUUUAUCCUCCCUUCAGAGUCUGCAUGCCAUGGAGAGCCAUGUCAUGAUAAAGUUCCUGCCCACCACCCUAAACCAGCUGUUUAGGGUGCUGACCAGUGCUACCCAGGAGGAUGUAGCCGUCAACGUCACCAGGUAAGUUCUUCUGUGGAGAUCUUUGACUUAUUGAAGCUCAAAUUUAAAGGUAUUUCAUGGAAACUCUGAUAAGAACAUAGACUCAUAAAUGGAAACAUCACGUUUUUAGACUAAAGUGCAAAUAAAAAAGUCCUUUUACUGUCACAUUUGAUGAUAAUUUUAGUUGUGUCUUUUACACUUCUUUUCUUUAGGUGUUUUUGCUUCAAAACAAUCCAGUUAUAUAACUUCAAGUAUCCCUCUGUAUUGUUUUCUUGUAGGGUCAUGAUCCACAUUGUAGCCCAGUGCCAUGAGGAGGGGUUGGAGCACUACCUAAGAUCAUAUGUAAAGGUACAUUUCACACUCAGCCUAUCUCAUCUCUCCAUAAACUAUAUAUUCAGUGGUUAAGUUUCUCACGGUUCUCUUCACAUGUUUCUGUUUCAGUAUGUUUUCAAGACUGAGCCAUACACAUCGUCCAACAGCCGAACAGUGCACGAGGAGCUGGCUAAAGCCAUGACUGCAAUCCUGAAGCCUUCCACUGAUUUUCUCACCAGUAACAAGCUCCUCAAGGUAACAUGCCUGUACUUUUUCCAGAGGAGUACAGACGAUGUGAUUAUAAUUGGCAUGAAUUUCCUCUUUAUUGUUCUCUGAUACAUGUUUUUCCGCCUCGCAGUACUCCUGGUAUUUCUUUGAAGCCCUCGUCAAGUCCAUGGCUCAGCACUUGAUUGAGAGCUGUAAAGUGAAGGUAAGUCUGCCACAACAUGCGUGUGUUUCUCUGCAGUGUCUGCUCCUGUCUGCUUUAUAAAGGCUUAGCUUCCCCACUGUGGCUCACAACAUGCCAGGUCUUGUGGACAGCCACAUCGCCACAGUCCAAGUAUUAUGUGUCCACAGGCUGCCCCACGUGGCCGAGCAGUUUAAUUAGAUUUAUUUUUUCAUACCAAGUGAGCAACCACAUCCCUGGGUUUUAACCUCCACUGGUGUAGUGAGGAGGCAAGUAAAGUUACCGCAGGAGGAGGUCGCACCAGUGUGGAAACUGAGAGACUUCAGUACAGGGACACAGUUCAAACAAUUCUCAGAAGUGUCUUGAAUUGGAAAACAAAUAAAUGCAAUAAAACAGACGAAUGAACUUGACUUAUGGUUAUUUUAUCGACAUAAAUGCUGCACUGCUAAACCAUUGUGGUCUGAAACCAUGACUUAGAGGCAGUAGUCAGCUUCAGAGUGAAUAUUUCUCGAAAUAUAGUGUUUAUCCUUAUCUUAUUUUUUCUAUUGCAGCAGUGUGGCUUACUCGUUGCAAUAAUUGUUGCAGAGCAGUGCAGCUCUAGCUGUAUCAGGGUCUUUUUCUCUUUUGGUAUUAGACUUUUUAGCCGUGUUCAAACUUUGAUGAAUAAACUGUGCUAUGGCCCACAGCUGUCCAGGAAUCAGCGUUUCUCUGCAUCCUUCCAUCACACUGUGGAGACUCUGGUCAACAUGAUGAUGCCUCACAUCACUCAGAAAUACAAAGACAACCUUGAUGCUGCCAGAAACGCCAACCACAGCCUGGCGGUCUUUAUCAAGGUCAGCAGCUAAUGCCACUUUAUCUCACUUAAUUAAAAAUGCACCAGCCUUUUUAAAUGUUCUAAAUUAUUUAUUGACUGGAUAUAUGAUAAAUUUGUGAAUGUCCUUAAGUUUCUUAAGCUAACUUGAUAUCAAUAAUGACAAAGUGUUUUUCAAUUUCUCCUGUAGCGCUGUUUUAACCUGAUGGACCGAGGCUUUGUGUUCAAGCAGAUCAACAACUAUAUCAACUGCUUCAUGCCUGGAGACCCAAAGGUAUCCUUAGGAAACACAAAAUCAUUUACAGACACGACUUAACAUCCACUAGUCUGUCAUUUUCCUCUUUUUUUCAAAUUGUAUCUCUUGUAUCUGUUUUUGCAGACUCUGUUCGAGUUCAGGUUUGAGUUCCUGCGAGUUGUGUGCAACCAUGAGCACUACGUCCCUCUAAACCUGCCCAUGCCGUUCGGAAAGGGGAGAAUCCUGAGAUUUCAAGGUGAGAAGUCUUUAAAGUUCGAUCUGUCUGUGAUCAUUGAAGAGGGUUUUUGGUUCAGCAGCUUUGAUUUUACAAAAUGUACUUUGUUUCGUGUUCCUUAAUUAGCUUUAUUAUCUCCAAAUGAUACGGUGGAGUCAAACGAAACUCUAGUAGGUAGGUGAAAGGGUGUGCCUGCAUGUCGUCUCAGAAUAGAGUUUAACUCAAUCUGCUUACUAUCUCAAGAUUAUACUCCUUUUAUUUGUGUACAGCAGCUUAGACUGGCUUUUUGUGCUGGCUUUAUGUGCAUCAGUUUUUCUGUUUCGAUUGGUUUGGAGUUGAAGAACAACAAUACUUCUUGACAUUUCCCAGAAAUCAUGUCUUCACAAUGCUUUCAUUACUGAUUAGAAUUGACAGCUCAGUCUGUUUGACUGGACUGCUUUCAUCUGAGGGAAUAUUGGGAGUGUGGUUUGGAGUUGUUUUGCAGCUGUUCAAUCACAACAUUAAAUCCUGUUUGUCUUUUUCUAUGAUGAUCAAUGUCAGUGUGUAACAGCAGCUCGUUCACACAGCCUGAAUCUGUUAGUCAUGAAAUUUAUUCUUACCUCAUAUAGUUGGAUGAAUCAUUUGUUAUUAAAUGAAUUACACUAUCUAAGAUUGUCCUGUUGUUUUUGUUAAUAUUUCUGUAUCUUUCUGUAUCUUUACCUGCCUUCUCUUCUUCCUCCCAGACCUCCAGCUGGAUUACUCUCUGACAGAUGACUUUUGCAAAAACCACUUCCUGGUGGGGCUGCUGCUCAGGGAGGUCAGUGCAGCUCUGCAGGAGUUCAGGGAAAUCCGUCAGAUCGCCAUCCAAGUGCUGAAGAAUCUGAUGAUAAAGCACACAUUUGAUGACCGCUACAUCUCCAAAGUACGCAGCUCUUCUUUACCUUUCUGUCUUUUAUUUACUCUUCAUCUUAGUCUCUGAUGUGUGAGUCUGAUUCAAGAGAAAAAAUCGACUUGUUUUUCAGAGUCAGCAGGCCAGGAUGGCCACACUGUACCUGCCCUUGUUUGGUCUGCUCCAAGAGAACGUCAACAGGCUGAAUGUAAAGGAGGUUACUCCGUUUCCCAUCAACCACUCCAACAAUGUAAGAGAGCCAUCUAGUGGUUUCUUUUUGUUAUUGUAAAAUCCCUAAGUAUUGUUGCUUUUUUAAUAUUAUAAACCUGGAAAAAUAACAAAGCAACAUAUCCCUCAGACAUAUGUACUGAUAUAUAUAUAUUUACAUUAAAUGAUAAACAAUUUACCAAAAAAAGGAGAAUAAAGUCAGUGGACGUGAUGAAAUCUCUGUUUCAGCAGGAUAAGAUAAAAUAAAAUAACUAUAUACUCAGUAAAAGGGCUAAAACACAUUUAUAUACACAGUAAAUUCGUCAGUUUAAUAAAUGCAUCGGUUAAAUGAAAGCUCUGUUUCUCCCCAGAAUGGAAGAGAAGAUUUGCUUUUUACCAACGCUUUGAUGACACCUCCCAGGUCCAGCACUUUCCUGGACACCAGCUUGCACAAAGAUGUGUUUGGAGCCAUCUCUGGCACCUGUGAGUGGGAAGGAGAUGCCCAUAUAUUUUUUUUAUUUUUUAUUUUAAUUUAUUUUUUUCAGUUUUUCUUCUGUUAAUUUAACUCCCUUUUCUCCCACAGCCUCACCUCACACAUCUUCAACUCCAAACAUUAACUCUGUGCGCCACGCAGACUCUCGUGGCUCACUCAUCAGCACUGAUUCUUCCAACAGCCUGCUGGAGAGGAACAACGACAAGGGCAACUCGCUGGAUAAGGUACAGGCCGCGAGUAAUUUCAAAAUAAAAUCAUGUAACUUGAUUUAUAAGAUCCUCAGGGAUAUCAGAGUUCCCCUUGUUGUGUCAGAAGUUUCACAGAAAGUCACCCUAUGUUAACUUGUAUCAUUGACUCCCCCAACCUUACCUGUGCGGCUGGCCGUGGCAGAUGGAGAAGUUUGUGCGAAGACACUCGGUCAAUGUCCCCCACUUCUCUACUGAGGAGACCGUGCUCUCUGUGCGCACCAAACGUGUCACCAUGGACUUCUCCCUGCUCUCUGUCCCCUGGGUGUCAGAGAGCACCCUGCAGCCCAGCAUUUCACUUCAAGUAUAAAAAAACCUUCCUCCACACAGUCCUCCUGUUCUCAUAGGAGUGUCCCACCUGGGAGUGUUAGAGUGUGUGUGAGUGUCCCUGUGUGCUGAACCCUUUCUUUGCCAGAUGAUUCUCAGGCUCUGGCCUGUUGUUCUCUGGUUCCUUGAAGCCGCCCUCAUACUUCAGGGCCACACAGGGUUUUCCUCGGCUGUUUUUCCAGAUGCUCAUAAGCGUGCAGGCUUUAGAGAUUUCUCCUUAUGUGUCAUUUUCUGCUUUCCUGGAAAACAGCCUCAAGAUAAAUCUGAGAAGAAGUCUGCUACACAAAAAUAUUUGAUUUUACUGACAGUGGUCUUUUGUCUUUCAUCUUCAGUUAAAGCAUGUCAGAUUUUCGUGGCCUUUAUUACAGUGUGUGUAAAAGCCUAAAGGGACAGGAUGAUUAAAAAAAAAGAUGACAGUCAACUUUUCAAGAAAUCUAACUUUAGCCCAGAAGUACCCACCCUUAAAAACACCAAGUAAAAAGCCAGGACCAUUGCCUCAUGCUUUCCACUAAGUCAUCCUCUUGGUCUGGACGAACUGCUGGCAAAGGAACGUGCUUGGUAUACCGCCAGUCCCUCUUUGCUGUGGUAGAAAUGUUGCUCCACUGCUUUGGUUCUGUUUCCUCCCUGCUCUGUCCUCAGCUGGACAAAAUGGUGACUGUUUUUCCACAGUGCAUUCAGUCCUGCAACAACUGAGUGAAUGCUACCACCACUGUAGUGUAGUUUAACUACUGUAUCGAAUGGCAUAAUGAUUUUUUCAUUGAUUAUAAAUAACCUCUGAAUAGUGUUUAUAAACUACUAUUUAUAAAACACUUUUUUAUGAUGACAAUUUCACAGAAAGUGCUGUACAUAUUCUACUUUCUGUGCAAAGACUUGACUCUUAAACUAAAUUUUUGGUCAAAAAUUUGUCACGGUUUAAGCCCUUUUUUUCUCUUUAAGAAUGAUCAAAUACACUUUUACAAUUUACACUAGUUUAUCUCGAGGCAUGUAAAGACACAGAUAAAGGCCAUGAUGGGAUAUUUUAUCUUUAUUUGUUGUUUUUUUUCUGUGUGUGCCUAAUUAUCGUUUUCAAUCAUCAUAGAACCAGCCUGCUUCAACACUGGGCAGCACCCUCCUGAGAUGUGAUAAACUGGACCAGGCAGAGAUCAAAAGCCUCCUCAUGUGCUUCCUACAUGUGCUUAAAAGCAUGUCUGAGGGUAAAAUCACUGUCACGUUUCACUCCUUUCUUAAAAUCUGCUCUCCCCAUAAUAAUAAUAAAAAAAAACAAAUCACUGUUUGUUUGGUUUUUUUCAGAUGCUCUGUUUACAUACUGGAAUAAGGCCUCACCUGCUGAGUUGAUGGAUUUCUUCACUUUGAUCGAGUAAGAGAUCUUUGCUGGUUUUUGGUGACAGCCUCAACAUUAGAAGUAAAGUUAAUAAUUUGUUUUGUGUGAUCUUCUUUUUCUUAUUUUUCCUCUCAGAGUGUGUCUCCAUCAGUUCAGAUACAUGGGAAAGAGAUACAUCGCAAGGUAAUGCUGUCAAGCGAUGCAUGAAUGCCAUUAUUUCAUGUUGGGUUAUGAAUUAGUUCAACUUUAAGAGGAGGGCUUCAGAAAUGUUCAAAGAUUCUUCUCUGUCAUGAACAUAGACUGUAUAUAGAAUGGACGCCGUCUGCCUCCUUGCUGGGUGAAGCCACUUCAAAAACAGCACCCUCUGGUGACAGGCUGCAGUAUAGGUCAUAAAUCCCACCUCCUCCAGCAAUCCCUAUGCAGCUGUGGACAAACUUUAGAGAUUAAUUUCAUACAAUAUAAAUGUUUCUCCCUCCUGCUUGCGAUGUUGACAUGUAGUUACUAUAAGACUGGUUUGUGCUCCAGUCCUCUUUUUUCUGUACAGCUCCAUUUUUAUUAUUAGGGUGUUCAUGUUUUGUAUGAUUGACACUUGAUACAGCCUACGGGUGUACGAAGAUUGCGUAGCUCACCCAGGGGGGUACGCUGUUUGGGCCGAGCGUCAUCACAGAAACUCUCGGUGACUCUCCCGCCGAAUGCGCACAACGCUACUGCGCAAGUUGUAAAAUAAAUCCCAGAAAAUCCUGGAAAUACUGAGAGCAAUUCAGUUUUAAAUUUGUAUAAUGAUGGAAGGCAGAGCUAAGUUGUCCAUAGUAUAUACAGUCCAUGGUCAUGAGCAACAGUUCCAACAUGUACCUUUAACUGACACCAAUAGUCUAGCUUUAACUGUUUAAAGAGAUUUAAUAACAGAGUUAAAUCUUUCUGGGACUGCUGAAAUGUGAAGAACCCUGGUUGGGGUUUGAUUUUUUGGGGUUGGGGUUGAUGGUUUAAUGUCAGACAACAAAACUACUUUUCUAUGAAACAUUAUUACUCGUAAAACUUUCUAACAUGUGACAGUGAUGUUGCUACUCAGUGCUUUGCUUUUUCUCUAUCAGUCUUACACAUAAUUGCCAAUUUGUGAGUGAGGUGUCUUGACUGUCUAUUUGAAAUUAAUGCAAACAAACACACACACAUGCUGUACUAUCGUCACAAUAUGGAAGCUGAUCUGGCCGUGACUUCCAGAGGGCUUUGGAUGUUCACUCAUUUUAACCUCCCACCACUGUUUCUAUCUUUAUUCACUUAAAUGCUGGCAAGUUUAACAUAAUGAAAUAAAACCUGGCUCCUGCCCUGUCCUGCUUGGGUAAGACUUAAUGUGACACUGACUCUCUUUAACUACAUGCAUGAUGUCUGCUCACCGUUAAAAGUUGCAGUGUUAUGACACAUCUUCUGUCUUUGAGUUAACCACUGUUUCUUUCAUUCUUCUAUGCAUGGCAUCUGCAUUAAAUCAUGCUUUGUGGCCGCCUCUGCUGCUUUGAUUAUUACUUCUUCAAACUGCAUGCCAGAUGAUUAAUAUGGCACAACUUGACUUCUUUAGCAAUCACUGUGGGCUCAUUUAUAAAAUCCACCCACAAUUUUUCAAAAAGCAUUUUAGCCAUGCUUUUGAAUACAUAUAAAAUUCUCAAAAGCCACUAUUUGAUAUGAAAGGUUAUUAAAUAUUAUAGUUUCAGCUUUAAAUAUAAAAAAAUUGACUCUUGCUCCAAUGGGAGAUUAACCGUCCACUAAUUGAGGCUCUGCUACUGGUCAGCCAAUCAUCUAACAUUGUCCUGUUUCCUCAUCAGGAACCAGGAUGGGGCAGGACCUGUAGCACAUGAGCGGAAGUCUCAGACUCUGCCUGUGUCCCGCAACAGGGCGGGAAUGAUGCAUGCCCGCUUACAGCAGCUCAGCAGCCUGGAUAACUCUUACACUUUUAACCACAGUAAGUGCCCCAUGCUUUACUUUUCAUCAAAUGUCCUCUACCAGAGAAGUCCUGCUGCCCUCCGCCUCACCCUGUGUAGUCUUACCCCUCAGGCUUUUCAACAUCAUCUUCAUCAACAUCAUCCUCCUCUCUUGUAUCCUCUGAAGACAUGGGGCUAGCACGGUUGUUUUAGACAACGACUAAGGCAGCUGUGUUUAGCUUUAUUUUGGUUUCAUCCAAAGGGUCAAAAAUUGUAUGCUUCUGUUAUUAUUGGCGUUUUUUAAUACAGUUUCUUUGUGUUUUCAGUGUAAGAAAGAUUUCAAGUAUUCUUGGAAUAUCUGUAGACCAUGGUAAGAAUGUAUCGGGUUGGCAGGCAGUUUGCAGACUACUUUACUGGCUCUGUUCAUUUGGUUGAAUUAUGAGCAUGCCUGUUUUAACUGAACAUUAGCUAAAAAACCUUUACAUCCAUCUGGCUAGCUCAUGUGCUUUUACAUGUUUUCAUUUCAUUCUCUGAAAAACGUAAUCAAUCCAAAACUAUGAAGGGUUUCAUUCCAAAAUACCGCCAGUGUAUUUUGGAAAAAUGCCGCUUUUACUUUUUUCAUCCAGAAGAAAUCAUAUUUGAGCGCCAUACAGCUUCAAUGCUACAAUUUGUUUCCAUUGUCAGCAUUCAUGAACGGUAUUGAUUACAUAAGUGGUCUGAGUUUUUUCCCUGAUUGGAAUGAAACUCAUUAAAUCCAACUUCUUCAUCUGCACCUGCUUUGCCUUUAACAGUAUUUCAUGUUCUGAGACUGUUGAUAUGAUGUGAAAUGACUGAUGCAUCUCUGCUGGAGAGUAUGUGAUAUACCGGUCAGGGGAAAACCGCUACAGCUCUCUGUUUGGUCCAUUUCAGCCUACAGUCACUCAGAUGCAGACGUCUUGAAUCAGUCCCUCCUUGAGGCUAACAUCGCUACUGAAGUGUGCCUGACCGUCCUGGACACGCUGAGUAUCUUCAUCAUGGGGUUCAAGGUAACACCCAUAAACUGUACCUUUAUUAGAGAUCUGGUACCGUUUAUAUAAAGUAGUGUAGAUCAUAUAACACAUGUCAUGUUUCUUUAUUUUUCUAUAUUCUGCCGCUCUGUUUCUCCUCAGACCCAGCUUUGCUCUGACCACGGCCACAGUCCACUAAUGAAGAAAGUGUUCGAUGUCCACCUCUGCUUCCUCCGGAUCAACCAAUCAGAGACGGCGCUCAAGCAGGUCUUCACUUCGCUGCGUACUUUCAUCUACAAGGUAGGAGCAUCAUUGUUUUCUCCUGUCUUACGUGUGCUCCCUCCAGUGUCACCACAGCUGACACAUCUGUUUUUUUUUCCACACUCUAGUUUCCAUGCACGUUUUUUGAAGGGCGCGCUGACAUGUGUGCCGCUUUCUGCUACGAGAUCUUGAAAUGCUGUAACUCCAAACUGAGCUCCAUUCGAAGCGACGCAGCCCACCUGCUCUAUUUCCUCAUGAAGAGCAACUUCGACUACACGGGUCGCAAGUCAUUUGUUCGGACGCACUUACAGGUGAGGCUGACUGUCUUUGGAUCUUUCACCCUUGGCCAUGAUUACCAUCUUAAAUAUCACAUCUAACAUUAUUUUAUCAACUUGAUAACCCAUUUUUUCUCAUCAUUCAAGCUCUGACAGCAACUCCUACUCUAUAGCCACCAAAAGGGAAUAAUCUUCUGCUUGUUUGGUCCGUUUAAAAUGUGAAAACAUCUCCUUAUCUGGUGAACUGACAGAGCUGUGUGACCUCGGAUAAUAAUCAAGGGUUUAACUGUGCUGAAUGACUCGUCUCUGUCUCUUUAGGUGGUGAUAGCUGUCAGUCAGUUGAUAGCUGAUGUUAUCGGUAUUGGAAGUACCCGCUUCCAGCAGUCUCUGUCAAUAAUCAACAACUGUGCCAACAGUGACAAAACUAUCAAGGUCAGAUAUUUGUUUAGGUCCUUUUUUACCUUCUUGUUCUAUUUAGCCUGAAGAGUUUUUAUUUCCUAAACCAUAAGUGGAAAAAAAAUGACUGUUUUGAUUUUUGCAUCCCCCACAUUAGAACACAGCCUUCCCAUCAGACGUGAAGGAUCUGACCAAGCGGAUCAGGACGGUGCUGAUGGCCACAGCUCAGAUGAAGGAGCAUGAAAGAGAUCCAGAGAUGCUGGUGGACCUCCAGUACAGCCUCGCUAAGUCUUAUGCCAGCACACCUGAGCUACGUAAGACCUGGCUGGACAGCAUGGCCCGAAUCCAUGUGAAGAACGGAGACCUGUCGGAGGUCAGUGAUAAGAGAUCCCCGUGUGGAUGAGAGAUUGUUAAACAGUUUGGGUCCAUCUGUAUUCUGUCUUUGCAAUAUCAUAAAUCCAGAUCUGACUCGACCGAUGUUAUUUUUUAUUGGUUCUUUGAGUAAUGAUAAAAUUCACUUUCCUCUGUGAUUCACAGGCAGCCAUGUGCUACGUCCACGUCGCAGCACUCGUGGCAGAAUACUUGAGGAGAAAAGGUGCCUCACUUUUGCAGUCUUUUUUUUUUUAAAUCUCAAUUCUCUCCUGGUUUCUUUUCAAUCCUUCUUUUGGGCUGAUGGUGAAAAUAUUUUCUGUCCUUGUUCUGUCUGCAGUUAUGAUCAAGCAGGGCUGUUCAGCGUUCAGGGUGGUGACGCCAAACAUUGAUGAAGAAGCAGCAAUGAUGGAGGACGUAGGCAUGCAGGACGUCCACUUCAAUGAAGUAUGUAUAUGCAAACCAAACCGGGACACCCUCAGUAAACCCAAUGCAUCUUUUUUCUUUGGCUCCUUAUUAUUUGCUCAUGGGAGAGCAGGCAUUGGCUUGUCAGGUAUUAUUUACUUAUGCCGUGUUUCCAUCUCCUCUCAGGAUGUCUUAAUGGAGCUUCUGGAGGAGUGCGCUGAUGGUCUCUGGAAAGCAGAGCGUUAUGAGCUCAUCUCCGACAUCUACAAGCUCAUAAUCCCUAUUUAUGAGAAGCGCAGGGACUUUGAGGUACACAACUUGUUCACGCUGAAUUUCAUUCCCUCAGUGAAUCCCCACUAAAAAGAGGACUCAUCCUGAAAUGAGUUUCUUGACAAUUUUGUAUCACUUUGCACAGAAACUGGCCCACCUGUAUGACACACUGCACCGUGCCUACAGCAAAGUGACCGAGGUCAUGCACUCAGGCAAGAGACUGCUGGGAACAUAUUUCAGGGUGGCUUUCUUUGGCCAGGUGAGUUUUUUUUCCUUUGUUUCCUUGUUUCAUUUUCCCAACAGACUUUGGAUUUUUAAUUUUUGAAUAACCUAAUUCAAAAAGAUUCAAUUUACAUCCAUGAAAACACAUGAAUUUGUUUGCUGGUGCUGCAAAGUAGUACACAAUGAGAAAGCGAGAGAGAGAGAGUGGCUCAAAAUUGUUUACUUCUAAAGCAUGACCUCAUGCUGUGGCAUUCUAUGAUCCACUCUAACACCCUUUUCUGCUUUUUAUCCUCUUUGAAGGCAGCGGUAAGUUUUGCAACAGCCCCUGCUGGCCUCUCUGAGCAGCCUUUGUGUGGUGGUGUGGGUGCUGCUGUAAUCCACGGCAUUUGUCAAUCAUAGUUUGCUGCUUAAAGUUACAGUAACCACUGCUGCUUUCUGUUUCUGGAAGUGUGCUGCAUGGCGCGCUUCUACUCAUUCCAGUGGUUAUGCUUUUGUGUUACAAAUCUGAGUUUGUAUAUGACACUAAACUUUGUCAUAUCUUGCUGAGUUUUUUGAUGAGUCUAAUGGGCGUGGUUAUCUUUGUGUAUUUGGAUUGAGGUUCACGUAACCCUGUUUCUCUUGACAUGAUUGUCUCACUGGUGAUGGAGUAGUUUGACUUGAAGUUUGUUGACUUUGUUUUUAGUGUCUAGUUAGGUGUUGUGAAAUAACAUUAUUUUUUGCUGUCCAUGUCCCUGUAGCAGUACCAGUUUACUGACACAGAGGCUGAGGUAAAUCCAUGUGAAAGCCAAUCCAGCAGUGUUAGGUUGUGUUGUGCUCCUAUGCUAAUGAAGUGCUCUUUGUGUGAACUUCUUAUCUUGUAGCUCCUUAACUCCUCUUUGACUUCAGCUCAGUGUUGUCAGUGUGAUUAAUCAUACUAGAAACCCCUUUAAGGGCUAAUAGUAGAGUUUAGAUCUUAUAGGGAAGUGCAUGGCUACACUCAUCUGUUGGUGGGAUUGUUUUAUAUUUACAUACAAACUAAUCUAGGUGCUCUCACAAAGUGUUUGAAGUGUGUGCUCUAGCUUUGGUCUGUCUUUUACGAUGGAGGAUUGGGGCCUCAUUAAGGAGGAAAAAAAGAGAGAUUUUAAAAAUUAAGUCAUGAUGUUGAAAAAAUAUUCCAAGAAUUCAUCCUAAUAAAAAGUUGUAAUAUUUAAAAAAGUAGAAGAAUAAAAAAAGCUCAUAAUUCUUCAUGAAUAAAUCCAAUUUAUUAUGAAAACUACAUGUAAAUUUAUAGGAAAAGGUGAUACUUUAGCCCAUGUCUGGCCAAUAUGUUAUUUCAUUAAGGGGUAUAUCAGACAGGGAGGCCAGCCUGGCCUGAUUACAAAAUAACAUAUCGGCUGACCUAUCACUAAAGCAAUGGCAUUAUUUAUUCUUGUAUUAUUAUGACGCUUUUCUUACAAUAUUACAAUUUUAUUCUUAACUUUAUUAUUUAUAACUCUUUUGUUUCCCCUUACUGUGGCCCCAACCCUCCUCUACAGUGGAAUUAUUUUUCAGUUUUCUUUUUCUGUAUCCUGGACAUGAGAUAGUUGGUUGUAAAUUUUUGGAGUUUGCCAAACCUCUUUGUCUAAAAUUUGGCAGCUUUAGAGGUAAAUUAGCUUUUAAUUUUCACAACAUGUUCAGUUUACUUUGACCUGCCGUCAGCUGGUUUGAUGUGGGGGUCUUUGCUUCUUUACAUUCAAACAUAUAAGUCACCCUGACCAUGUUUUGAAUUUUUAGGGCUUCUUCGAAGAUGAAGAUGGUAAGGAGUACAUCUACAAAGAACCCAAAUUCACCCCUCUGUCGGAGAUUUCACAGAGACUCCUUAAGCUGUACUCUGACAAGUUCGGGCAGGAGAACGUGAAGAUGAUCCAGGACUCUGGAAGAGUGAGUCUGUGUUAAAGAGAGGACUAGCUUUUGUCUGCAGUCAUAAAAAUGUGUGUCCUUUUCUGUUCUAACUACCUGCUUUCUCUGCAGAUUAACCCCAAAGAUCUGGACUCUAAGUACGCAUACAUCCAGGUGACACAUGUGACGCCCUACCUGGAUGAGAAGGAACUGGUGGACAGGAAAACAGACUUUGAGAAGAGCCACAACAUCCGGCGCUUUGUGUUUGAGAUGCCUUUCACAAUAUCAGGCAAAAAGCAGGGUGGGGUGGAGGAGCAGUGCAAACGCAGGACCAUACUCACCAGUAAGUAACCCUUUAUACAGUCGACUUUAACUCAACAUGAGAUAAGCUUGUGAAGGACAGAGGUGAACCAUUAUCAUUGUUUAGAAGUCAGGAGUAAGUCUGACAUCUUUGGUCUCAGGUCUGAAUGUUGGAGCUUUGACCGAAUGGGUAUAAAAAUACUUUUGUGAUUUAUGAAUUGACCAAAUACUUUGUACUGAUUAAUACAACUUCUUUGAAUCCAACCCAAAAUCCCAACUGCAGUGACAUAAUACAUAAUUAAUUUAAAAAAUUGAUUUUGUAGAACUUAAGAAAUGACGGUGUCACAUUGGUCCCUGAUAUCAAAUCUCCAUUCAGGGACUAAAUCAGAAGCCAUCAAUUCUGGCACCUAAAACUCCAGGCCUUCUCCUGCUCUUGUCUGUAUAUUGACACAUUUAUGAUCUAUGUGGGGGACUCAACAUGUGCACGAGUGUCUGAGGUUCCACACGACUCAGCAGUAAAUGUCCUCUCGAUGAAAGGAAGAUCUUGAUUAGAUUCUGACCGCUCAGCUGUUUUGUCAAGGAUCUUUCCUAAUCCUAAUCAGACUUUUAUUUCUUUAUGACACCAAAGAUUCAAAAGUUCAACUUUGUCUCCUUAUCUUAACUAUCUGAGAGCUGUCAAAGCCUGUCCUCUACACACAUGAGAGGAUCCUGAGCUGUAAAACUCAGAAAAACACAUGCAAGAGGAUGACCCCCCUCUUCCUCCCUUUUCUGUUUCUGUCCAUCAGCGACACACUGUUUCCCAUAUGUGAAGAAACGUAUUGCAGUGAUGUAUCAACACCACACUGAUCUGAGCCCCAUUGAGGUGGCCAUCGAUGAGAUGAGCAAGAAGGUGGCGGAGAUUAAACAGCUCUGCUCCGCCAGUGAAGUGGACAUGAUCCGUCUGCAGCUCAAACUGCAGGGCAGCAUCAGUGUCCAGGUGCCUGACUUCAGUACUACCAGCAAACGCACACUAUUCAUACUUCAAUAAACGACAUUACAAAUCCAACAUCGCUGCCAUAUCUUCCCUUAGGUAAAUGCAGGACCGCUUGCUUACGCUCGAGCAUUUCUAGAUGAUUCAAGCGCCAAGAAGUAUCCUGAUAAUAAAGUCAAACAGCUGAAAGAAGUCUUCAGGUGAGAUUAGAUGGUUAAAAACAUUUCUUAAUUAUAAAACAAAUUUAAUAUUUGAUUUCAUCCGCCUUUAAAACGACUUUUUUUGUCAUACAGGCAUUUUGUGGAAGCAUGUGGUCACGGUUUGGGCAUCAAUGAACGGCUGAUCAAAGAGGACCAGCAGGAGUAUCACGACGAGAUGAAAGCAAACUAUAGAGAUCUAGCCAGAGAGCUGUCCAUCAUCAUGCAUGAGCAAGUAAGUACAGUAUUCAAAUGUGAAGGAUCUAAGUAAUUUAAGAAUACCUAACAGAUAUAACACCCAUAAUCUGCCCCUAAGAUUGUUUAGUCAUGUUCUUGAUAACGCUCUCUUUGAUAACACCACUCUCUGUUUUUCUCCUGUGCUGACAUGAGCAGAUUGGAUGGUAAUGCAAAAACACCAGUGUGCAAAAAGACUUGAUAUUUGUUGGUCCAGCCAGACUCAGAUAAUUAGCCUGUGGUGAACCUGUGAUUUCCUAGACCUGUGUUGCAUUUACAGUACAGCAAAGUAACCCCAUUAUGUAACUUUCCUCGGAUGUAUUUUCUCUAAUGUUACAGCUACCAAAGGUAAGGUCUGUUUCCUGACCUUACAAAGCACUGAAUAGAUUGUCAGAGGAAUGUGAUCAGAUCAAAAGCUGGUCCUUAUCGUUAUAUACCUGCUAUAAAAAAUAAAUUAAGUAAUCGUCAUAUACUCUUUUACUCGUGUAGAAAACACACGUUCACUGAUCAACAGAUCAACCAGUCCUCCAGAUUAAGGCAGACGACACAAAUUAUAAUUUGCAUGUUAUAAAAUGGGAAGCAGCCAGAUUUACAUAAAUUAAUUAAUUACAUUAAUUACAUAGGGAUUUGCAUUUAUUCAUAUUUAUUCAUAUUAUGGCAAAGUAGACCUUGGCACCAUGACAACAGGGUUUGCUCUUUUCACCUAAUGUUAAUCCUUGAAUAUCAGAAAUCUGGCUAGACCAACAAUAACGUAUGGAGACGUGUCCUCCCUGCAUGUGUUUACUGUUUAUGUGAGUAUGUACAUGUGUGUAUUGACAGUGUGUUUGUGUGUGUUUACAUGCAUCAGAAUGUGUGUCUUUUUCAUAUGGAUACCUGUGAAAAUUAUGUUUUUAAGAUUGUUUAUUUUCUCUUGGUGUGUCUUUGACUGAUUGCUUUAACGUACUUGUUUUCUAUCUGUAUUUAUUCAUCUUUAUGUUCAUCUUGUAAAGACUUCAUUUAGAGGAUUUGCUUUUUACCCACUGUGCAUAUCAACUCCUGAAUCACUGUUUUCAUUUCUGUACUGGAAACAAGGAACAGAAAUUUAGUGAAACUUACUGCCUGGCUUUAUCAAUUAUAUCUCAAUCUUCUUAUAUUAUUACUAAAUCUCACUUAUGAAUGUUUGUUCAAGCUUGAAAAAAGGGAGGUAAAACUAUACAAAUUUAUUACACAAACUAAUUGCCACUACCUAUUUUUACUCGAUAUGCUUGGUUAAGCUUAGCCAACCAGGAUUCUGCACAGAAGUGACUCUCUUGGCAUGAAACAACUACUUUAUUUCCUUAAUUUGCAUCAUAUUAAAUUUAAGGGUCUGUGAGGAACUUCUGGUUUGUUUUGGUUUUGACUCACAAGUUUUACAAGCGACUUCUGAGAAAAACAAACCUAAAGUGUUUUAUAAUGAGCAGACUUGGCAACUCUAAGGCGUCUAUGAAUAUUUUGCCAAUGUUUAAACUUAUCUCUGUUCAUGAAUGCAGAUCAAGGAGGUACGCAUGUGCUUCCAAACCAAAAUAAAGAAAUGGCUAGGUUUUCAAAAUGAAAGCAACACACUAUAAAGCAUGUUGAUGAUUUGAUUGACGGACCUCACAAAGGGCCGGGCAGGGACAUCCAAAGGGCCGGAUGUGGCCCUCAGGCCGUAAAAUGCCCAGGUCUGCUCUAAUCUUUUGUACUGUAUAUAUAAAAUUAGUUUUUUUUUCAGACAAAAAAGAUAAUCCUGUUGCUUCCUAAAUUUACAACUGCAGCUUUAGUUCUGAUGGUCUCAUUUGAUUUUGAAGGUCAUAGAGAGGUGUCAGUAUCAGUUUUAGGCUGUUUCUCCACCAGCGAAAAACUCCUCACAGCGCCUUUGAGUUAAGUUUGGAUACUGCCAUGUGAUAUUUUAUUCAGAAUCUGAAUUGUUCUGUUCUUUCAGAUUAGUCCUGUAGAAGAUGGCAUGAAAAGCGUCCUUCCAGACUCGCUUCACAUCUUUAACGCCAUCAGUGGCACACCAACCACUGCCACCAUCCAGGGCAUACCCAGCUCUUCUUCUGUGGUAUGAUGCUAGCCUGGGAUAGCCUUGAACUCGGCGCUCUCCACACUUGCUCCCCAUCCUGCCUGCCUGUGAUGCCAUAUUGUCAGCUUAAAGGGAAACUGACAGAAAGUACAGGCAACUCUGACCACCUCUGACCCUCUGAGUGAACCAUGGCAAAGGCACUGGACCUGUUUUAUGUAUUCUCAUGUCAUGGAAACUGUGGUGGAAGUGGCCAAAUCAACUGAGACCUUAGUGAUAAGGGAGCAAGGAUGAUACAGGACAGAUUACAGACUUGGUUCUUGCUCCACAGACAGACAAAUGUUCAACGCUCCGUUUUCUUGCUGCUUCUACCUGAAAAAACUGGGCAGUAUUUCCCGUGGAGACUUUCCUGUUGGGAUCUUUAUUAUGCAUGACAUUACAUUACACCCACACCACUGUCCCAACAGCUUGUCUUUGUCUGUUUUGAUAAAAUUUCACAUUGUGUUUUUAUGUACAGUAUUCCACUUUUAUAAGCCACUGUAUUGAUGUCUUGAUGAACAGUAUAUGCGACAUACAUCUGUGCUCAUCUCCCUGUAAAUGAAGUUAUAUUUCUACAAGAUGCUAAAAUUUUGCCUCCUUUGACACCCGAGCAUUCAACCUUAAAUCACUUCAAUGUCUUAUGAAAGGAGUGUUUUUAAAUAUUCAAAGCCAUCGCAUACAGAAAAAAAGUAUACUCAAAGUUGUUUAUUAAUGUAAAUAAAGAAAGGAGUGUGUGCAAUAUUUGAAAAGUAUACACUGUAAAGAUGAUGUUCACCUUCUUGCCAAAGCGAUGAGGUGUGGAUCCAGACACUACACCUACUGUGGAAGUAAUAUGAAGCUUUUACCAUUUUAGUGUUCAUGGAAAUGUUCUACAUAUUGUUUUAUAAUUGAGCAGCAAUGUUUUUUUAUUUUUUAUUUAACACAAAGUCACUGUUCUGCUGUAAACAGAGAUAUUCCCUAUUGCUUCUCUUUUAAUAAAAUACACCUAUUUCUCUGGGCUUGUUUGCAUGAAUCUUUAUUCUGAUUCAACAUUCGUUAAAGUUUUCUUCACAUUUACUCCUACGCUGGAUUGAACUAUACAGACCUCCAGUCAUUAAUAUUUUUUAUGAGUUGCUCAGGACUGAACAUACCUGACUCCCUAUCUCCUGUAUCACAUGUUCCCUCCCACAAUAAAAGUGACACAGUCAGCAGUGUGGAGACGGAUGAAGGGCUAAUAAGAAGAAAUACUGUGGACUCACUCCCACUACCACCUGAAAACACUGACAGAUCAAUUAUCAGCUGCUCUGUGCAGGAAUUUCUGAGGAAUAUCUAACAGACAGGCAGCAGUGUUUUCUUAGCCAUCAUGGCAGGUAAGUUUGCAGACAUUUGUUUAAUAUGUAAGCUCUGAAAUCUGUUGGAAAUUAUAUUUUACAUUGUAGACACUGCAAAGAGCAGAGUAGUUCAAGAACAAAAAAUAACCUGUUGCUCUGAAAGGCUAGGAGAAAAUGGAGUAUCUAAAUUUUCCAGAACUGCUCAUGAGACAGCUUUUUUUUUAACAAGUUGAAUUUUGUGCACAGACCAAGAGGAUCCCAAGAAGAGGAAGAGCAGAGGAACGGUAAAGAGCUUUACAUUUGUUGUCAUCUUUGUGUCUAAAUGUUAAGUUAGACAAAAUUAAAAGCUGUAAAUUUAGCAAAUAGAUAGUGAUGUGUGGGACUUGCUGUAUUUUUGCUAAGCACUAAAAAAUGACCUCAAUUUUUUCCCUUACAAAGUUUUUAGUUGCUUGUUUCAUCUAUUUUAAGUUAUUCCAAAAUCAGCAAUUCUAUUCUAUCACAUAAUGACAGACAAUAACAAUUUCUUACUCCACAAUAUUCUUUUAAAGCUACAAAUGCCUUUCAGGCAUUGUUUUACUCGAAGCAUAUGAAUGUUAUUUAUGACUGUAUGAGAUCAGGUGUAAAGCUCUGGAUUGGACAACCUAUACCUGUAAAAAAUAUAUGUUGGCAUUUGUUUUCAUCUCAACCUACCCCUCCUCACAUGUCAAUCUACCAACAGAGAUGAUUUAACAAAAUUGAUAAUUUAACAGUUAAUGGAGUUUUAUUUUUUGAAAACACUAAGUUUAUUUGGUUUCCAGUACUUCUAUACUCUGUAUACUGUAUACUCCAAAUAUGGGAAGGAUGUCUUUUACUUUUAGUACAGCAUGUUUUCAUUGUGGUCCUGUAUUAAUAUUUAAUCCACCACUUCUCUUCACGGCUGCUGCUCUUACUUUCACCCAUUAGAGCAAAGAAGUGUGCGGCUACCCGCUCAGCAUCUUCUUCAUCGUUGUAAAUGAGUUCUGUGAGAGAUUCUCCUACUAUGGCAUGCGAGGUGAGAUUAUGGCUCCCCAGGACUUUAAUCGUGUUUACAGCCAUGGCAGAAAAGCUGCUGGUGUUAAAAAGAUAAAAACAUGAUAAAGUGCUUUUUGAACUUAAACUUGUAAACAUCAGGUGUUACACUGACAAUACUUGAUUUGAAACAUGAGAAACAAGUUGGUUUCCACCUCUGUUCACAGCUGUCCUGGUGCUGUACUUCAAGUACUUUCUGCGUUGGGAUGAUGACUUGGCCACCUCGAUCUACCACACCUUUGUGGCCCUCUGCUACCUGACCCCUAUCCUUGGGGCCAUUGUUGCCGACUCGUGGCUUGGAAAGUUCAAGUUAGUCGCUUCAUCACAUUCCUCUGAAUAAAUGUGUUAUAGCUGUAAUUGUUUUGUCAUUGAAGACGUGCAAGCAGAGACAGAAAAUCAUAAACUAGGGUUAAUAUGAUAUAUUCUUUCAGUUAUUGUUGAAGCUUGAGAGACAUGCUUUUGCAAUACAUUAUUUUCAAAAAGGUGACUCUUGGAGAAUAUUUUAAUUUCUCUCUCUUUUUCCACUUAAGAAAUUAUGUAACACCCCCAAAUCAAACUUCGGGCUAAUUAGAGAACACAAAACCCCUAAACUUGAAAGCAACAAACUACUCUGGAAAUACACCAAACAGUCCACAUUGGUGCUGUGUAAAAAAUAAUAAAGGAUCUCAGUACUGUUUCACACCUGCUUUCUUUGUUCCAUUUCUGAUUUGCAGGACGAUCAUCUACCUGUCCAUUGUCUAUGCCAUAGGCCAGGUUGCGAUGGCUGUCAGUGCAAUCCAUGAAAUCACGGACACCAACGGAGAUGGGACACCAAACAACAUGACCUUCCAUGUGUGGGUUUCCAACUUAAAACCCUAAUAAUAAUAAGAAAACAGAUAUACAUUUGCAUGCUUUCUACACAUCUCCCUGAUCAAAUGGAUGUUUUUGCUUUCUCAUAUUUAGUGUCUUGUCCAUGGUUGGUCUUUUCCUCAUCGCUCUGGGCACUGGAGGAAUCAAACCAUGUGUUGCAGCUUUUGGUGGAGACCAAUUUGGUGACCAUCAGGUCAGGAUACUACCUUACCACUAUUCUACCUGCUUAGCAUUUGGUACAUUUAAGACAUAACCAUGCCUAUCCAAGCAUGAAUAUCAGUACAAAAUGUCCUUCCCUUUAAUAGAUGUUCAUAUACUAAUUGUUGCCGCUGUAAUAACACCACAGUCCGAUGAGUAAUGUUGCUAGAGUGGCAAAAACCCUCUCAAUUCAGAUAAUAAAAAUAGAUUACUUUAGAAUUGAUUACCCAUCAUAUUCUGUAUUAUAUAACACGCAUGGGACAAAAUCAAAGGUCAAUGAUUUGUUUCUCUGUGCAGGAAAGGCAAAGGAGGACUUUCUUUUCUGUCUUCUAUCUCUGUAUCAACGGUGGGAGUCUGCUGUCGACUAUUAUCACCCCCAUCCUCAGAGGUAGAUAUGGGAAAGGAAAUAAAGUUUAUGACAAACAGAACCAUAAACUGGAGAGCAUGUUGAAAUCUUCAGGCACAAGAAAAAUUUAAACAGCUGUUUGUCUCCAUCUGCAGCUACGGAAUGUGGCAACCCUCCGCAGAAAUGUUAUUCCCUGGCCUUUGGCGUCCCUGCAGCUCUGAUGGUGGUUGCACUUGGUAUGUUCGAGGACUUUAAAGACUUCAGUUGUAUGCAUUAACCAAUAAUGUAAAUACUUGUAACGUAAUGACCUUGUACCUUAAAUGUUCCUAACAGUGGUGUUCAUUGUUGGGAGCGGUAUGUACUACAAAGCUGAACCUCAGGGAAAUAUCAUGCUGGAUGUGUGCAAAUGUAUCGGGGUGAGUCUGGUUUCUCUCAUUUCCCUUAACGAGUUCUGCGUCACUGUAUAACAGUUUCGUCAGGUGUUUAUUAACCUUCCUUUCUCCUCCGUUUGCCAAUCAGUUUGCAAUCAGCAACCGCUUCAGGCACAGAAGCAAACUGUACCCUGUGAGGGAGCACUGGAUGGACUGGGCAGAGGAAAGAUAUGAUGUAAGUUCUUGUUGGUUCCAUUGUUUGAAGCGUCUACCAAAGUUACUGCUUUGUCAGUUGAAAACCAACACUACAUAAUGUCUUUCUCCAUGCUGUAGAAACUCCUCAUUGCUCAAAUCAAAAUGGUGCUGAGGGUCCUCUUUUUGUACAUCCCACUUCCGCUAUUCUGGACCCUGUUUGACCAAAAGGUAUCAUAAAGUUAGUUUUUCUUUUAAAAGACAGCCCCUUUUCUUGGCAGUGGAAAUUGGGCUAAGCUUUGAUUCUCUAUUACAGGGCUCUCGAUGGACUCUGCAAGCCACCACUAUGGAUGGAAACUUUGUAAGUUUGUUGGUUUGAGUCAACUUUAAAAUGUGUAUCAGUUAAAUUAUGUGAUGAGUAUCUGUUUUGAUCAUGUUUUUGUGUCUGCAGGGUGCUCUUGUUAUCCAGCCUGAUCAGAUGCAGGUAAGUCAAAAAUAAAGCUUUAUCAUAAUAUCUUGAUAUGGUAGUGUAAUAUGUUUGAGAAGAUUCAUACUAGACAUUUCUGUCUUUCAAAGACUGUCAACCCAAUCCUGAUUCUGACUCUGGUGCCUAUAAUGGACAGCUUAAUUUAUCCGCUGAUCAAGAAAUGUGGCCUGAACUUCACGUAAGUAUUUCUUGACACAACUUUACAAGCCUACAGAAAAAUCUGCCAGUAUAUGUGCACCAUUGGUUCAUUGAAUAACUUCACAUACCUGCUUUUACCUAUCCUUUAGCUGUUAGAUGUCAAGAAACCGUAAUUAUACAUUGUCAAAUCAAAGGCCAGUCAGCUUAACCUAGUUUAGUUCAGGUCAAUGUGGAUUAGCAUUAAGAGGACAGUGUGAAAAAGGUAAACAACCCACCUGUUAAAGCCACCAUUUAUUCUCUGACCAGGAACAGAGUAACUGACAGUCAUACAGUCAGCUCCAUACAGUACUGCAGCUAAUUAGCUGACCCAUGAACACCCAAUGUUGCUAUAUGGAAUUUUUAGUGCUAAUAAAUGACAGUUACUCAGCCAGGACUUGUCUUAUUGACAGUAACAAACAACAGUGCAUCAACAGUCCACAAGAUAUAAAUGCAGACAUUAAUAUACAGUUUUUGCACACAGUGCAGCAAUAUUCAACCUUGAAGAUAUCUCUCAAAUGUUAUAAGCACCAUAGCUGCCCAUCAAGGUUACACACACCUGAGACAGGGGGCUAAUAACAAAUACAAAUGAAUAAAUGAAUCUCACACUAGGGCAGGUGGAAACAUUAUAAACUCUGUUACAGUAAGCAAACAAGGUACUAGCUGCAGUUUUAUAUUUAAAGCCAUACCAGAACUAUCAAUCUUUUCAACAACAACAACAGCAACAAAAAGAGUCAAAUUCUCCAAAUCUGAAACAAUCUCUGUAGCUUUGCCUUUAAUGUCUUCUUAAGAUAUCUUUAAAAAAUCGUACACCUGAAUUUGAAAAGUAAACAUGCAGCUCAGUUGCUGUGUUUCUUCAGAGGCUUUAUGUGAUAAACUCUUUUGCUGUAUCAGUGUUACUUGACACUAAAUAAUAAAGUUCUUAUAAAACAAUAGAAUACCUCAAGCGCUGUCUCCAUUGUCCAAAACUCUGUAUAAGUGAGUAAUAAACAUGAUUUCAAUUCAACAGGCCUCUGAAAAGAAUGACAGUGGGGAUGGUGCUGGCAGCCAUCGCGUUUGUCUGCGCUGCUCUGGUUCAGAUUGAAAUCGAUGUGAGUGGAAAACGGCUUUUGUCGUCAUUUCAUAAUGAGCUGUAAAACACACAUCAGUUCGAUUUGUUAUUUUGAUUAUAUUGAUUAGGAGAAGAGAAAAGUGCUAAUUUCUGUCUUUUACUAAUUUUCAGAAAACAUUGCCCAACUUCCCAUCUGCCUCCCAGAGUCAGCUGAAACUACUGAACAUGGGCACUAACCCAGUCACUGUUAAUCUUAACGGCACUGAAGUGCAACUUCAAGCAGCUAUGGUACAUCCUCCAAUGAGACACUCAGUGCUAAUAAUUAUCUAGCAUGUCUCUGUAUGGACUCUCAGAGUGUACAAAACCAUGCUAUGUUUUAACAGUUCUCACUUUUUUGCAGGCCAGUAAUGAUUUCUUUACAUUUGAUGGACAAUUGGUCUAUAUUUCCGCCGGCAGCCCUCCAGUGACAUAUAUGGCAUACUUGUCAAGAGGAGGGCGACACACAGUUCUCCUUCCUUCAAAUCUUAAUGUUGAGUGGAAGCUGGUGAGUAAGAAAAACUAAGAAAGGAAAUCAAAUAAAACCAAAGAAGGCCUUUCAGAGGUUAAACUUAUCCACAUCCAAUUUUUCAUUUCCUCAGACGACAGACAUACGGUCAAAGCCAGAACAAGGCAGUAAUAAAAUACGGUGAGUCUCAGAAAUUUUGAACUGUUGUAAAUUCAUUUGGUUGCAGCUCUAUCAUAAUCAUUAUUUUUAUUUGCGGAGUAAAGUAUCGAAGAUUACACAUACCUGUUUACUGACUGCCUCAUAAUUGUCUUGCAAUAAUGUUUUCUGCUCAUCAUGUGUCCACUCAGAUUCAUUAAUGGAAUGAACAAAUUACUGAACAUGUCAACUUCUGAAACUGACUUCAUCAUAAUAGACCCAUUUUCUGAGUCACGCUACUUUGACGUUGAAAAUGGAAAGUAAGUAGUUUUCCCAUCUAGUCAAUUGAUAUUUUUCAUUCUUAAACUGUUACUUUGUGCAUUAAUUAACACGGUAAAUUUAACAUUUUUCUUUUUCUUUUUUUUUUAUCAUCGCUAUAGUCGCAUAUUUACCAUAUCAGAUGGUUCAAAGUCAUGCACAUACAGGAGAGACUUUGGAUUUGGGAGUUCAUAUACCUUCUUCAUCCCCAGCACAGUGGUCCUUGGAGAGGAUGUAAGUUUAACACAAGCUCUUUAACAUCUUAAAAAUCAGUCAGUCAAGGAAAAAUCGUGCAAACACCACUUUAACAUCUAGAUGGUAUAUGUAGUUUGUUUAUGGGACAGUUGUUUUAAACUGGGCUAAAAGUGUAAUUUGUGAGUUUGCUUGAAUGACGUGUGAAACAUUUUAAGACAUAAUAGCAGACAGAAACCACAUAAUGAUCAUAAAAAGCUAAAAAAGGUGAUUUAUAUUUUCUUUGAUGACAACAAGGCCAUCUCCUCUUUAGUCUUCUGUUAGAUAAAAAGAGAUUUUUUUUUCUUUUUUUUUUUUUUUUUUUUUUUGACCAGACAGAUUUACAGAGCAGUCCUUGUAAAAAAAAUACAUAAUAUCUCUCUGUUGUGUGUCAUCAGUUGAGAAAUACUGCCCCUAACUAAACUGAUCAUUUUUUGCAUAUGUUAGUGCCAAGACUCAAUUACUGAAAUAGAAGACAUCAAACCCAACUCCGUCCACAUGGCUCUGCAGAUCCCACAGUACUUCUUCAUUACUGCCGGUGAAGUGAUGUUUUCUGUCACUGGUCUAGAGUUCUCCUACUCCCAGGUAAAACUGAAACAACACACAUCUUCACAACUUUUCUUUCAGAGAAUCAUCAAAGAGGAUUGUGAUCAUUUUGUUUUGUGCCCCUCUUUUGUGUUGUUAAGGCUCCCAGUAACAUGAAAGCAGUGCUGCAAGCUGGCUGGCUGUUUACCGUUGCUAUUGGCAACUUUAUUGUACUGAUCGUGGCUGAGGUUGCAAAGAUUCCUGAACGGGUAAAAGAAAAGAAAUAUUAAUGACUAAGAUAAGGUAAAAUGGCUUAAGUGGAUAUGACAGAUAUGAGUCAUUAAUACUGUGCUGUCUGUCUCGCUCUCUUUCUUUCACAGUGGGCCGAGUACGUCCUGUUUGCCUCUCUCUUACUGGCUGUGUGUGUCAUCUUCUCCAUCAUGGCGUACUUCUAUACUUACAUUGACCCAACAGAAAUUGAGGCCCGGUUCAGGAAAAAGGAUGAUGAAGACGAAAAGAAAACAGACUUUGAAAUGUCUCAGAAAAGUGCCCUCCAAAGCGGUGAUGAAGAUGAUAGAUCUUUACAAACAAAAAUCUAAACAGUCUAAAAGGCAAAUUGUUUGAUGCAUAUACUGACGUUAAGCAAUGACACGAAGUAGUUUUAUCCUGCUGUCUGAUUCUGUCUGUGUCCAGGUGGACACUUUAAAUAUGAAAAAUAUGUAAAUAGGACAGCUCACUUCUUCAAAUUGCUUUAAAACUACUUUUUUGUCAGGUAUUGAUGGUUUGGUCAAGGUAAGAAUAUAGAAAGAGGAGCAAUGAGGUUAAACAUGAAGAAAAUGAGUGUUAAUAUUUGUGACGUAUCUUAAGACACCUUUAAGAAGAGUGAGUAUGUGCCAGAGUGUAUGUGUAUGUUUGUUUUGAUUUUUUAAUGUAAAAAUAUAGUAUAUCACUUGGAAAGUAAACUAUGUCCUUCUACUCUCUGUUUAGUAAGACAAAUUCAAACAAUAUUUUUUGUUGUCAUGGCUGAAGAAAUGCUGCUUUAUCUUGUUAUUGGAAAGUCUUUGGCUGUAAUUUUUUUGUAU